AGUCCCCAGUCACAUGACACAUGAUCCAAAAUGGCAACCUUCGUGUUUUGAUCAUACCUCAGUGGUUUUUAUGAAUAAUACUUUUGUGUUUGUUUCAUUCUUUGUAUAAUACUAAUACAUAGCACACAUUUGAGGAAACGCACGCAUCCUCUGCUUUUUAACUUCGAGACAAUCAAGACAAACUGCUAUUUGUUUCACGAGUUAGACUAUGCACAUUUGGUCCUAUUAAACAGAUAGCUAGCUGGCUGACACAAUUAGUAAGCUAAAGCUAGCUGAAAAUAAAGGGAAAACGAUGGAGGAGUUGAGUGCCGACGAGGUAAGAUAACGACGUAGUGUUGCUAAAUCUACUAUUAGUUUUAUCCAAUAUGUGUCGACAAAUGUUACUGCGUUUGGUCGUGAUUAUCUGUGGAAGUCUAUGACGUUAACGUUACAUUUUUCAAAGGCUAACGUAGCUAGCUAGUCAGUGACACUACAGUAACGCGUUAAGCAUAAAGCCGGAGAUCUAACUACAGUAGUUAGCUAACAACACAUAUAAUCUUAUGACGCUGGUCUUUUCGAUAAUAAAGGUUCGGAUACCUUGACGUCCAUUAAUGGGUAUGUUUUGAUACGUUAGUACUGGCUAUUUAGCCCACAAUCUAUCGAACUAGCUAGCUAGCCUACUAACUAAAGGUAGGUAGGUAGCUACGUUAGCUAGCUAGCUAGGCGACUCAGCAUAACACAGUAGGCCACCAUGGCAUUGUGCAACCAAUCAGGGCACGGGUUCCAAAAAGCAUCUUAAUGUUAAAUUCAUCGUUUUAACCUUAGUAUGAGCAUCGUUAAAUCGGUUGUUUCCCAAAACUAUCGUUAUUAACUUUGCACUUGAAAACGCUCGUAAUCUAACGCCUGCCUCAGACCACUCGUAGAACAGCCAAGUGUGUCGUUAGAUGCUUUUUUUGCCCUCCCGCGUCGCUUUAUACACAGACGAUCUUGUAGCUGUCAUUUUAUUAUUCCCAGAGAUCGUCGUCGAACGCAGUGGUGGCUAAAUUUGUUUGACCGUUGUUUCAACUGCUAGCUAGCUAGUUACACAAUGACGAUUCAGUCUACCUACCGGUAUAACAGACCAACAUGAGACACUGAUUUUGGCAUUAAAGCCCUUUGUCUACUUCCCCAGAGUCAGAUGAACUCAUGUAUACCAUAUUUAUGUUUCUGCGUGCAGUAUGAAGGUAGUUUCGUGAGCCAAUUGCUAACUAGCGUUAGCGCAAUGACUGGAAGUCUAUGGUAACUGCUAGCAUGCUAAUAGAUACCAUAUACUUCCAGUCAUUAAGCUAACUAGCAAGCUUUCUUCUGUUCAUUACAGAUCCGCAGAAGGAGACUGGCCAGACUUGCAGGAGGGCAAACAUCCCAGCCCAGCACCCCCCUCAGCACACCCCUGACGUCCCCACAGAGAGAGACCCCCCCUUGGCCCCUUCCUGGGACCUCAGGGGCCACACCCCAGCCCCUACCACCAGCCGCCUCACAUUCACUUGGGCUCAAUGUCCAGAGUGUCACCCCCGCCACCUCUCCUAUUGGCGCCUCUGGUAUGAGCACAUCUUAGACAGCACGUUUAAAGAUUACAAUUGACCAAAACAUUCAGCAAAGCCUCAAUCUUUUGUUUGCAUUUCUAUAGUGUGUUCUGUAGCUAGCUUUCACAAAAUCUCCUACAUUGGGAGCUAAACAAGUUUUGUCAGAUUGCUAGCUGACUGUUGCCUGCUAUAAAGGCAUUGAUGUAGGCUAAAUAGCUACAUAGUGAAUGAAAUGGACUCACUUCAAUAAAUAGCACUCAAAAGGCUCACAUCAAUAACAUUUCUUUAACUGCCCUGCAUGGAUGCAUUUCAGCCUCACCAUUCAUGCUGAGAAUGACAACAACAAAAACACAGGUGGCCAUAAUUAGGCUAAUAGGUCAAAUUCACAGACAUUACUGGCUAGUUAGAAGCACCACUAGGCUAAAAUACUCCGCCUCUUAUCCGUGUUGUAUUGAGUGAACAUGCUUAUGUACAAAUGUGUACUUUCCACUCAGUCAGGUUUAAAAGAGCCAAAGUUAAGAAACUUUGGUAGGCAAUCUGAAUUUAAGUAGUUCCAGGACUCUUGCUUUGAGCAGAUGCAAAGUAGGCCUAGUUGUAAGUUGGAGUAGGCUUGUUUGUUAUUAAGUUGACCUUGAGUAGUUUGGAAAACCUGGUAGCCUAGAGCUAAUAGCGACCAGCUGUGGAAUCCCCAUGAACAAACUUGGUCUCAAAGCAAAACAAAAAGUCUCCCGGACCUGCCAUCGUGCCCUUUACCAGGAAAGUGCACAGUCACUGUGCCGUUCAUGCACGAGCUUUGGCCUGAGUUCAGCUAAGGGCACAUAGAUGAGAGUGAUAACAUUCUCAGCCAGCGGUUCGUAGAGGUCAGCGUGAAAAGCAGUGUGGCAUUCUAUAGGCUAUUCCCAGAUUGUGGAUUUAUUCUUGAACAUUUCAUUCCUGCUGCCUCCGUUUGCAGUUAGAUGGCCUAUCCUAUGAUUUGGCUCUGAAGUCCAUGGGAGAUAUAAACUCUGUCCGCAUGUGGCAUCGGUGUGAGAAAUGCUGCUUUCACAAACACAUACAGUACUCUAGAACCUACACUAUUGAGUCAUAGAUAUGGAUCAAUACUGUCUCUCCCCUAUUGUUUGUAAUGGUUAGACUACUCCGGCAAAGAAAGCUACCUUAAUGACUGACUGACUGAUUGCUUUACAAUGGGAUUUACAAUAUGUGUAAUGAUGUUGUUCUCAACUUCAAGUGUUUCACUUUCAUUUGUAUGUUUUUUUAAAAACAUGAUAGACCCAAAUCCUUUGUUUAAGUAGCCAAAAUGUGAAAUAAUUUGAUAUAGGCUAUCGAUAUCAAUAAACAUAAACCAAUUUCCAUUAAUUGUUAAACUGAUUUCCACAAAUUUGGUAUUCUACCUUCAAACACAAGGGACAUAUCUUAUCUCAACAUGACCUUAGCUAGCAAAUAUAAAUGCAAUAGGGCUUAACAUUUACAUUUACGUCAUUUAGCAGACGCUCUUAUCCAGAGCGACUUACAGGAGCAAUUAGGGUUAAGUGCCUUGCUUAAGGGCACAUCAACAGAUUUUUCACCUAGUCGGCUCGGGGAUUAGAACCAGCGACCUUUCGGUUACUGGCACAACGCUCUUACCCACUAAGUUACCUGCCGCCCCUACCUUUGUGGAAAAUGCUGUUAGUUUACAGAUGUUCAGCCCAAUUGAACACAACUAAGGUCGUGUUCAGGAGGGUGCAACGUACAGCACUGGCAUCAGGCUUUAACAAUAACACCAUGUGUCCAUGAACUGCUUUGAUAUAUUUUCCGGUCAGGCAGAAUACAUUCAUUUUCAAUGGAGGCAGUCCGCACCAUUGCGGUCCAGCUGCCACAAUUUUCAACUUGUCACAGGGGCAUGUCUGUUCUACACAAUGUAUUUCUAUCCAUCUAAAUUAUGCCCUGCUGAACAAGGCCCAGGUUUUCCACAUUAUGUGAGUGUUUCUGUAGUCCGGUGGUAAUUCCUGCUCUUACUUUAGCCAUUGGAUAUGGGCCUUAAUCAGCUUUGUCCUUAGCUGUCGAGUAGACAGGCUUUCCGAUUCACACACUCACACAGCUGUGUGUUCAAGUUCACCUCUGGUGGCCUAACUUGGCUAGCUGACAAAAAAAUGCUUGUCGCCAAUGGACAUACUGUACAUACGCAGAGAAAAGCCAUGGGGGUCUAGUCAAAUAUACUGUAUUCCUCUCACACUGAGCUCUUUGGUUGUGUCCCAAAUGGCACCCUACUUCCUAUGUAGUGUACUACUUUUGACCAGGGCCAAGGGUAGUACUAUAUAGGGAAUAUGGUGCAAUUUGGGAAAGUAUUUUUGUCUCUUUCUGUGUCCCUUGCUUAUUUGUUUUCUUCCUUUCCUACCUGUCCCAGGGGUUGCGUACUGUAGUCAGAGCAGUGAGGGCGUGAGCUCCCUCUCCAGCUCUCCCUCCAACAGCCUGGAGACCCAGUCCCAGAGUCUUUCCCGAUCCCAGAGCAUGGACAUCGACACAGCCUCCUGUGAAAAGAGGUGAGCAACUUGGACCGGUCGAUUCAAAACCGACCCUUAGCCCAGUUCUGAGAGGUUUGGCUAGGAGGUGUAAGCGAUAUGGAGACUCAGAAGGUAAGUUGAAUCUAUUGCCAUGAUGUUUAUCUACCCCAAUCCUCUCAGAUCUAUAGGACAGGCGUGCCCAGAGUUUAGGGGUAAGAGGUCAAAUUAGAUGACCACACUGGAAAUGCAGUGGUGAGAGAGUUUGUGAACACUUUAGGAUUUUCUUUAUUUCUGCAUACAUUUGGCCUAAAAUGUGAUCAGAUCUUCAUCUAAGUCCUAAUAAUAGAUAAAGUGAACCAGAUUAAACAAAUAACACAACCUUUUCAUUUCGUUAUUGAGCAAAUUGAUGUCAGAAAAAGUAUGUGAACCUCUAGAUUAAUCAUCUCAAUUAAGUGUAUUAAAGUAGUCAAAAGUUUAGUAUUUAGUCCUACCACUCAAUGACUGCAUCAAGUUUGUGACUCUACAAACUCUACAAAAUGUAAAUUUUGCCUCUGUAACCUCACUCAUCAUUAUUCAUGAUCUAUUUAAGCAAUAAGGCACCUCAGGGGUUUGUGAUAUAUGGCCAAUAUACCACGGCUAAGGGCUGUGUCCAGGCACUCCGCGUUGCGUCGUCUCUAAGAACAGCUCUAGCCGUGUAAUAUUGGCCAUAUACCACACCCCCUCUGGCAUUAUUGCUUAAUUAUCCAUAAUCAUGGAAGCAUCCACAUGAAUGUAGAAGUGUUCAGAAACAUCUUCUAUUCUUAAUAACAAUAAAAGUGACUCCAAACUGCAAAUGCAUCCAAUGAGUUUGUAGAGUCACAAGCUCGAUGUAUUCAUUUCGUGCUAGGAAUAUGGGACCAAAUAAACUUUUGACUACUUUAAUACACUUAAUUGAGCUGAUUAAUCAAGUUGUUCACAUACUUUUUCCAACAAAUACAUUACAUUUAAGAUAUAUUUGCUCAAAAAAGAAAUGAAAAAGUACAAUUAGUUUUUAUUUGUUUAAUCAGGUUCACUUUAUGUAUUGUUAGGAUUUAGAUGACGAUCUGAUCACAUUUUAGGUCAACCUUAUGUAGGAAUGCAGAAAAUCCUAAAGGGUUAAAAGUUUCUCUCACCACUAAGUCUUCUGACUAUUUUGUGUGUUCCUCAAUUAUUUUAUUUACAUUUACAUUUUCGUCAUUUAGCAGACCCUCUUAUCCAGAGCGACAUAUGUAAUCAUUUUAUUUAUGUUGUCUUUUGAGGUGUUUUUAAAAUGGUCAAAUAAACUAAACAAAGUGGAUAGGGGGAAGAGGCUAGGAUGACAAUCAUCACAUUUCAGCCCUGUUCAGUUGUUAUGGCCCCGGGGUCAGUCUGAUCUCGUGCUAAAUGUAUGCCUUCACCUCCUAUCAACUCCUUACCCAAAGCUUUAAUGGAUGUUACAUGCAUCCCUUCAUUCCUACUCUAGUUAGAAAGUUUAAAGCUAGAUACAAUGUGUGCAAUGGGUUGUACAAAGAUAUAUGUGUGUUAAAGCUGAGAUCCGCAAUAGGCGAAACGGUGCCACUGGCCACCCCAGGCACAUUUGUUUUUGUCUUGAGGAAAUGAGCAUCCAGCAUUGUGUAAAAAAGAAUCUGCUGUUCUAUCGCAUGUGCAAUGAUGUGCAAUGCUGUCCGAGGGGAAAAAAACUAUUUUGUUGUUGUAAUAUCGCAAAUAAACGUCACAGUUUCAACGCUAAGGGUUGCAGCUUUAAGGUAAGAGGAAUAACACAAAACAUGAAAUCACUUAAAUGCAAAACAGAGGUUUAAGGAUUUUAGCUGUUCUGAAUUGACCUUGAAUGCUCAUUGCACAUCUUAAGGACAAAACCGUGCCGACAAACAGUUAAAAGCAGUGGAUGGCCACAUAAGCAGCGUAAGUGUAAGCGAUCAACUGCUGGGUAUCAACGAAUGGUGGCGAUUCAACAUGUAGAAUCGUCCAGAAAUGAACAGAAAAUAACGUCCGGUGCUCUGGUCAUAGGCAGUAGGACGGCCACCCUCUGAUUUUAACUGUUCAUCGCCACAGUGCGUUUUGUCCUUUUGAGUUAAUAGAGUAGUUGAUAGGCUGUUUGUGGGAUCUGGUGGAGGGGAUAAAUUGGUUGACCCAAUGUUGCUCCUCUCUCCCUCUCUGUCUCUGUGCGUGUGGCCCAGCAGCAUGUCCCAGGUGGAUGUGGACUCAGGGAUAGAGAACAUGGAGGUGGAGGACAGUGACCGCAGGGAGAAGAGGGACCUGGCAGAAAAGGUAGGCAGGGCUCCCAUUCCACCCCUUACUUUUACUGUGUGCACUUGCUGUACUUUAAUCAGUCACUCUUUGGCUGUGUCUGUAAAGGCACCAUCUAUUCCCAUGCCUGAAGACUCAAACUGAAUUAUUCCGCUGCUCUAUCGUUCUCUACAUACUUCAGUCUGAAUCUGCCAUCAUUGAAAGUAAUUUGUGAUGAAAAGAAAGUCAUCUGAUUGGAUUGUGUCUAACCAAUCAGAGUAUCAAAGCCAAUUCUGUACUUUGAAUAUGCCGCUUCAUCCACGUGUGUUAUGGCUCUGGCCCAACCCAUCGGUUACUGGGUCAAAUCAGACGGUCUGAAUGUGUUCGCAUUCUAGAGGGGUCGGGGAUGGAGUCAAAUCCAGACUCAUUGCAGAGAAGAAAUGUUUGUGGGCGUGGAGUGGCAUUUGGCUGGAGCGAUGAGUCUGGGUAGCCAGGCAAUCUAUUCCCUAUAUAGCGUGCUACUUUUGACCAGAGUUUUGAAGUAGUGCACUAUACAGUAUAGGGGAUGGGGGGCUAUUUCAGACACAACCUCUGUCAUGAAAAGGGUCUGCCAAAUGAAUGGAAGUCAAUGGAACUCUUUUUCUGUUGGAGACUUUGUACAUCAAUAGUUUUCACCAAAUGAGCAGUGGAUUCAUGUACUUCAGUGGUUUCAUGGUGUACGUGAAAAUAAAUGACCUUUUGAAACUCCUGUCAUUGUAGAAAAGGAAAUAAAUUGCUCACUCUCAAAGAAAAAUAUAUCUUCAUUUCGGUCAUAAUAAGUAGGUCAUUUUGGAUGGUCAGAGAGCCAUUUUCAACUUUGAUAAUAUAAAGACCUUGCUCCUGGUUGAUAAAACAACUUUGGUUUUGAGUCGCCUACUUUUAGUUCUAUUAAAAAGUCUCGCCAUGAUCUAAUCCCUAAAUUCAAAAUAGUUAAAGGCCUGCUAAUUCAGAUGUUGCCUUGCAAUGAAUGAGUGGAAGGUCCUUCAUGGAUGAUGCAGAAUAGAUCUCUUUACGAUUGCACAAUAGCGACGAGUAAAACAUCAGCAGUUUUUUUGGAAUAAAAUAACCUAUAGCUGAUGACUCUGGCAUUGAAGAUUCUUGAUAUCUGUAUGCCCUGGUUUGCCUCAGUGAUCAAGUUGUAGAAUCCUUCACCACCCAUCUCCACAUGGCUGUAGAACUGAAAUGCUCUGAACUGAUACAUUUGUCUAUGCCAAUGGUCUUCGAAAGCCCUCUGAGAACACCCGUCUGCUUACGUGGUACAACCCGUGUUUUCUCUCUAACCCUCACCCGAAGACUUUGGUGUUAUGGAUUCUACCAUCUAGCUAAAGGAGUCUUUUGAAAGGGGUGUUGUGGCUUGGCUAAUUGUUACCAAUAAAGGGCAGCUAGCAGCAGCAGUUAUUAUUAGCUCUUAGUUAUUGUAUAGCCAUUGCAACAGAAAAUCUAUCAAUUUCCAUUAGAAAAUGAAUAGUAAAAAAAGUACCUAGUAUGUGUAUCCUACUGUUUUCUCUAGCUCAUCUAAAAUCAGAGGUGUAAUUUGCAGACAGUGGUAAGGAGGCAAUUCCAGCGUACAUUUUUUUCUCAACAUUUGAGUCGAGGCUACUCUUUUGGGGUGGACAUUGAAUCCUGAACUCUCUGCUUUUACCCAAGGAAAUUUAAAUUUAAUUAUUUUGCCGCCUAUCGGUACACAACAUGGCCACCUGGUAACCAGUCUCUUGAACGGCAAUGACCGCUCUAGCUAGUAAUUCGAACUAUUGGUGUCUCUGUCCCAGGAAUCCGCUGAAAACUCUGUCUCUGAAGAGCAGGCUCUGCAGCUCAUCUGUAAGAUCCUGCGCGUCUCCUGGAUGGAGCAGGACAGAGACGUCAUCUUUCUCCCCUCGCUUGCCGCCGAGUUCCACCAGAGCAGCCCCAAAGAUGGUAUGGCAAAGAUGCAUGAUAUUUGUAGCCAUCUUCUUUUUGAAUUGUAUAGCUUUUUGCAAAAGAGUCAUAGAUGAGUGGUUUAGGAUAUCAUCAUCUGAAUGCAAUAGCAAUGUAAAAAAAUUGUUUUAUCCUCCAACCCAAUGUUUCUGUUGAAAUUUGAACAAGAUAUUUGUAUUAAAUGAAAUACAAAUUAGUUUGUAGUCAGUUUUUAUCUGUCAUGUAUACCAUUUUAGAAUUAGUCACAAAUUAAGUGUAUGUUUAUAGGAUUUCUCUUUCUCCUCCCAGUCUUCUCUGACUUCAAAGACCUGAUUGGCCAGAUCCUGAUGGAGGUGCUCCUGAUGUCCACCCAGUCGCACGUCCACAACCCCUUCGCCAGCCUGACCGCCACGUCCCAGCCAAUCGCUGCUGCCAAAUCUCUUGACCACCACCUGACACUGGUCCAGCCCUCCAGCCAGGGCGGCAGUCCCAUGGCCCCCUGUGCAGGCUCGUUUGGGGCCAGCUCUCUGUCAAGGCAAGUACCCCUCAGUGGCCCCACGACUAGCCCCCAGUCCUGGGUACAUAUAGUAGGGUUGUGUCCCAAAUGGCACUCUCUUCAAUAUAUAGUGCACUGCUUUUGACUAGGUCCCAUAGGGCUCUGGUCAAAAGUAGUGCACUAUAUAGGGAAUAGGCUGCUAUUUGGAGCUCAGCCAAAAACUCCCAUUAGCAUAGAUGGGUGUUUAAAUUCAACUAGUGCCGUUUCAUUCAUUGUCUGAUUAGGAAUUGUACUGGACGUCCUAUUUGAAUCCAUCCAAGAGAGUGUCCAAUGGAAUCCCUACAUUGAAAUUGACAGAAAUGGAAUUGUUCCCUUUUGUGUGAUUUAGGCCUAGUCAAUGGGAAGUGUUGUCUUUUUUAAACUGGUACGGUCAUGGUAUCGUUCUGUCUUUUUUAUUCAGUUUUAUAUACCUAAUUAUUUGACAGAGUUGAUAAGAUUGUAAAAGAGGAAGAUGUAACUCAUUUGUCAACCCAUUUGUUUUGCGAUGUUGUUCACAGCCUGUAUGGGUGUAGUCCGCACUCACUGGCUUUGAAUGCAGCCAGGAUGACCUCUCCACCUCUCCCCACCCCCACCACCCCAUCCCUGCAUCCAAUGGUAGCCCCAAGUCCCCCUACCAUGGCCAACCCCCCUAGGCUCUCUCUCAACCCCCCCUCCGCCCCCCUGCCCAUCUCCCAGCGCUACCGGCCCUACUCUGUCACCUCUCCCUGGGGGGUCUCCACCCCCCCUAGCCCCAGCCCCAGACUGGCUAGCCUCCCUGGGUUUUCCCGCGGCCCUGUCACUGAAGGUCUCCCAGUACCGCCCAUCAUUUUGGCCCAGGCCCCAGCCCCACCACUACCUACUAGCCCCCAGUCGGUUCCUCUCCCCUCCCCUAGUCCUCGCCCCCCCACCUCCAUGCCCCUCCCUCUGGUGCCCCCCUCGCCCAGAUCAGCCGCCCGACGAGCUGCCCUCGCCACCGGGAUCCCAUCUAGGUACCUCCUCAACCACGUGUGACAAUGAGUGACUCGCAACAAGCUACUUUACUAAAACAUUAACCCUCCCCCAGCCUUAGCUCCAUGGCAAAAUAUGUAGAAACGCAGGAAAUUAACUUUACAACUGCAACAUUUUCUCUCCGCUGCAUGGCAAAAUGAGUAGAAUUGCAGGAAAUUAGCUUUAAAACUGCAAAAAUGUUGCUCAGCUCCAUUGAAAAAUGUGUAGAAUUGCAAGAAAUUCCCCUAUAUCGCUAAGAUGGGGUCCUAAAAAAAUGUAGCUGUGCUGAUGGGCUGACCACGCUCAUUGACAUGCCCUGCGUCACGCCCACCACCUAAGCCCCUUUUUAUCCAGAAAAACCCCUGCACAUUUGGCCUACAUGAUGGGCUACUUAUGUAGGCCUAUUUCUUGAAUUAUUAUGGACAUACUGUAUAUGGGUGGUUUCCCAGACACUGAUUAAGCCUACUGUAGUCAUGGACUAAAAAUGAUUUUCUAUGGUUCUCCAUUGAGCUGCAUUUAGUCCAGGACUAGGCUUAAUCUGUGUCUGGGAAACCAUCCCGGAGUUUUGCACAUAAUUCCUAACCACAAACCAACUCUAAUGCUCUGAUGAUUUACACAAUUUACAAUCAUCCUCAUUUAAAAUAAAUAAAUAAUAAUAAUUAAAAAAAAAAAUAUAUAUAUAUAUAUAUAUAUAUAUACUGAAGAAAUGACACUUUGCUACAAUGUAAAGUAGUGAGUGUACAGCUUGUAUAACAGUGUACAUUUGCUGUCCCCUCAAAAUAACACAACACACAGCCAUUAAUGUCUAAACCGCUGGCAACAAAAGUGAGUACACCCCUAAGUGAAAAUGUCCAAAUUGGGCCCAAUUAGCCAUUUUCCCUCCCCGGUGUCAUGUGACUCGUUAGUGUUACAAGGUCUCUGGUGUGAAUGGGGAGCAGGUGUGUUAAAUUUGGUGUCAUCGCUCUCACACUCUCUCAUACUGCUCACUGGAAGUUCAACAUGGCACCUCAUGGCAAAGAACUCUCUGAGGAUCUGAAAAAAAGAAUUGUUGCUUUACAUAAAGAUGGCCUGGGCUAUAAGAAGAUUGCCAAGACCCUGAAACUGAGCUGCAAUACGGUGGCCAAGACCAUACAGCGGUUUAACAGGACAGGUUCCACUCAGAACAGGACUCGCCAUGGUCGACCAAAGAAGUUGAGUGCACGUGCUCAGCGUCAUAUCCAGAGGUUGUCUUUGGGAAAUAGACGUAUGAGUGCUGCCAGCAUUGCUGCAGAGGUUGAAGGGGUGGGAGGUCAGCCUGUCAGUGCUCAGACCAUAUGCCGCACACAGCAUCAAAUUGGUCUGCAUGGCUGUCGUCCCAGAAGGAAGCCUCUUCUAAAGAUGAUGCACAAGAAAGCCCGCAAACAGUUUGCUGAAGACAAGCAAACUAAGGACAUGGAUUACUGGAACCAUGUCCUGUGGUCUGAUGAGACCAAGAUAAACGUAUUUGGUUCAGAUGGUGUCAAGCGUGUGUGGCAGCAACCAGGUGAGGAGUACAAAGACAAGUGUGUCUUGCCUACAGUCAAGCAUGGUGGUGGGAGUGUCAUGGUCUGGGGCUGCAUGAGUGCUGCCGGCACUGGGGAGCUACAGUUCAUUGAGGAAUGCCAACAUGUACUGUGACAUACUGAAGCAGAGCAAGAUCCCCUCCCUUUGGAGACUGGGCCGCAGGGCAGUAUUCCAACAUGAUAACGACCCCAAACACACCUCCAAGACGACCACUGCCUUGCUAAAGCUGAGGGUAAAGGUGAUGGACUGGCCAAGCAUGUCUCCAGACCUAAACCCUAUUGAGCAUCUGUGGGGCAUCCUCAAACGGAACGUGGAGGAGUGCAAGGUCUCUAACAUCCACCAGCUCCGUGAUGUCGUCAUGGAGGAGUGGAAGAGGACUCCAGUGGCAACCUGUGAAGCUCUGGUGAACUCCAUGCCCAAGAGGGUUAAGGCAAUGCUGGAAAAUGAUGGUGGCCACACAAAAUAUUGACACUUUGGGCCCAAUUUGGACAUUUUCACUUAGGGGUGUACUCACUUUUGUUGCCAGCGGUUUAGACAUUAAUGGCUGUGUGUUGUGUUAAUUUGAGGGGACAGCAAAUUUACACUGUUAUACAAGCUGUACACUCACUACUUUACAUUGUAGCAAAGUGUCAUUUCUUCAGUGUUGUCACAUGAAAAGGUAUACUGAAAUAUUUACAAAAAUGUGAGGGGUGUACUCACUUUUGUGAGAUACUGUGUGUGUGUAUAUAUAUGCGUGUGUGUGUGUAUGUAAUGCUCAAUGUUUGAUCAGUUCAGACAAUGGCCCAGUUCUGACACAACAAAGAAAAGCCUUGACUAGGAGCUGGAACAAUUUCAUUGAGAAAUGUGGAGAAAGAGCCUUCACUUUUGCUUGCCAAUGCAUUGCUUAUCUUGCAUGUUUUUUUGUGAAUCACAUAGCUGUGGUACUCUUUGACUAGGGUGUCUGUAGGAGCCUAUGGGUCCUCGUUGUAUCUUCAGAUAAAAUGUAUUAAUGGACAUGGGACAAGGUCAGCACUAGGAGAGUAGUCUGGUGUUUUAUUCCACAGUGAAUCACAACCAGGGUUCAGCUAAAGUCAGAGGGAAGGCGAGCUAGUCAUAUCACUUCCUUCCUACAUCCUUUCCUCAGUGUUACCAUCUUCCUUCCCUACCCCAUCCUCUCCUAUCUAUGACCCGUGUGUCUUCCCAUCCUCACACCCCAUCCUCCUCCUCCUUUAUCCCUCUUCCUCUUUUCCUCCCUCUCUACGCCAGCCCCCUCUCCCUACUGUUCUUCGCCCUCUCUGACAUGUCUCAGGACAGCAGCGAAGAAGAGCGUGAUGAUGAGCAGGAGGAUUUUACGCAGGUUCAGUUUGGGUCCAGGUAUACACCACUGCACGGCGUGUGUUCAGUAGACUCACCGGCAUGCUUCAGCAGUGUGUCGAGCAUAGCCACUAACAGCAGAGACUGCGUUCCAAAUUGCCCCCUAUUCCUUACAUAGUGCACUAAUUUUGACCAUCAAAAGUAGUGUACUAUAUAUGGAAUAGGGUGCCAUUUGGGACGCAGAUAGUUUCACCAUUGCGGCCCCUGCUGCUGCAGGAACAGGCUGAGAAACAUCGAGCCUGUAGACCAGGGGUGUCAAACUCAAUUAUUAUUAUUUUACUCAAACCACCCGCGGGCCGUAUGUUUGACGCCCUUCUGUAGACUGCCAGCUUUACGACCUCAACUGUUGUAGUUGACGCUCAACCUCAGAAGUAGUCAAUUUCAGUACAGAUCGAGGCAGUGUGCUUAUCUUUGUGGUACUGGUAAGAUGGUCUGAAUUGCAGCUUGCAAAAAUAUAGAGAAUUCAUUAUGACUAUGCUAGACACCCAAACGAGGGCACUACGUUCAUCCACCUCUGGCCUGCUAGCCCCCCUACCUCUACAGAAGCACAGUUCCCGCUCAGCCCAGUCAAAGCUAUUCGCUGCUCUGGCACCCCAAUGGUGGAACAAGCUCCCCCACGAUGCCAGGACAGCGGAGUCACUGACCACCUUCCGGAGACACUUGAAACCCUACCUCUUUAAGGAAUACCUGGAAUAGUAUAAAAGUAAUCCUUCUACCCUCCCAUUAAAAAAUAAAUAAAAAAUAAAUAAAAUAAGUGGUUGUCCCACUGGCUAUCAUAAGUUGAAUGCACCAAUUUGUAAGCAAAUAACCCUUGGAAGUUUAUGUUGAAGCCACUGUUUCACUUUUCUGCAAACCAUGUUCAGGUAAAAUCCAAAGACGACAACCAGUUUGAUUGUGUCUUCAGAUGGCGUCUGUUGCUGCAAAUGCUGCUUGCUGCAGCCCGGAUAAACGAUCUGCUAGUUUGAAAGUGCAAUUUCUCAACCAGUCUCGCAAGACAUUCGGUUCCCCCGUUCUGUGCACUGAAGUCUCCACAAAAUCUUUGUCGGGCAGAAGACUUAUCCACAACAUUCCUGCGGACUGAGGCUUGUGUUGUGGUGUGAAGCUGCUCACAGGUUACCCACCAGUUUGUCUUCGAAAACAGACCACUAACAAUGCAUUAGCUUAGACCCCAGUGAACCCUUUGGUGGGGUCAGUGGUGAUCUCUGGGGAAUCCGUUACCUAGGUUGUGUUCAUUAGGCAUGAAAUUGAAAAAAUGUGACAAACUAACAGUGUGGGAGUGAGAGACUAGCUGGAGUUGUCCAAUAAGAAACAAACAAUUUUGUUUUCCUUGGCAAGAUGUUGCAAAACGUUUUUUUUGUUGUCUGCCCUAAUGAACAUGACCCCGCUUCAAACUGCUAUUGAGUGAGAUUAUUGAAAGAAUUUUGUAAAAUCUGAGGGUGUUUAGUUAGUUAGAUUUCAGACUGAAGAAUUGUGGAGUCAAAAUGCUGAAACGCUGCCUUGCGAUACUCUCGCUAACGUUUGACAUCGCUUAUUUACCACAUUUGGCCACAGGGCUUACUUCUUACGGUGCCCUGGUUGUCUCUCCUGUCGUCCUGUUACAUUUUGACUUUCUCUCCCAUUCUCUCUGUGUAGUCUGGGUGUGUCCGGAGGGGGAAUGGCCUGGGAAUCCUGCAGUGACCGGUUCACCAUCGAAGCGUGCAAGGAGACGGAAAUGCUCAACUACCUCAUCGAGCGCUUUGACAGUGUGGGUAUGGAGGAAAGGAAGGCGCCCAAGGUAAACUAGAAACGCCCCUAAGAAACAUUGCUGCCCACCGGAGGUUUGAUCCGUAUCUACUCAUUUGGAAUCUUUGUCCUUCACAAGGGCACAAAACUAAUUAAGAAACACCAUUGUAACACAGUGUCUCCAAACAAUACUUACCUUUCAGCUAUGCUUAGUGUUUUCUGGUUGUAACAGAAAUGCCCUGGGAGGAGGCAAAGUUAAGUUUGCCCCUCGCAACACUUAUUUUUUUGUGAUCAUUUUUUGUUAUUUAUAAUAGACAUAGACAUAAACUUGAACAAAACACAUGGACAUAACCCGUCCUAACACUCAUCUGGUAAAACCUUAUUGAAUUCAAAAAGCCCGACCACAAUACCGCUCACAAUAGUUUAGUUUCCAUCCAAUUGGUGACAGAUAAAUUAAACAGACAUGAAAAGAACCCACCAUGUCAAAUGAACAAAUGUAUCUCACCAUUUAUAAAAUUGUACCAAAACUUUCUAUUUCCAUCACAGCUGUCAUAAUUGUUUUAAUACAAUAUGGCUUUACACGCACAAACUGUGGAUGGGAACGUGGUUAAUGAGAGAAAGCUCCACUCCUCUGUGAACAAAUUAUGAUUUGGCCGCAGAAUUUGGAGACUGGGCCACCUUGACAUGAGCAGCCCUGGUGGUGUCACAAAUUAGGGUUGCAAAGCUACUGGUAAUUUACCAAAGUUACCAGAAUCUUCACAAAUUUAGGUAAUUAACAAAAUCUGUUGCUAUCUAUCGUAACUUUUGUAAUUUAUACUUGAAAAACUUCAACAACAAAAAAAGAUAUAUAUAUUCAUAUGUAGUAUUCAUUUUAUAUCUGUCCAUAUUGUCCAUGACUUUCCAAUAGACCAUAUGGCUCAAGAGAAAAAGCCUAAUUCAUGGAAAAAAGCACCUGAUCAACAAUGGCAUUAUUUUUUAUUACCUCUGCAACCUGUCCAAAUAUUGACUUUUUUCACAACUGCCACCAGCUUGACGCCAAAACAUUGACAACAAAUAUAUAUUGACAUAGUAAAAUAAAUAAGUUUAAAAAAAGAAAUAUUUCAUGCUAAAACACUCAUAUUAAACACCAAUGGUAUUCACUAAGUUGAUGGUUUAUAUUUAUGAUCUUAUCAUCUUAUUUAAUUAUUUCAUGUAUUUUAAAUGUGAUAAGGCCACACAGAGGGCUGGAGAUAAUUGGACACCUGUGAUAAUCUGAAGUACCCAAAAGGGCCACUAGAGGUCUUGUGAUAGAUUACAUAAAAUCCUUGAACGAUACCAAAAUUCUGGUAGUUUACUGGUAAACUUAGAACAUUUCCAGUAAUAUACCCUCCCUUUGCAGCCCUAGUCACCACACUUAACUUGUUAUUCUCCCUCUGUCUUCUCAGAUUUGCAGCCACCCCAGUGUCAGCCAGCUCCUCAGCAACAUACGCUCGCAGUGUAUUUCCCACGCCGUUCUUGUCCUUCAGGGCGCCCUCACGCAGCCCAGGUCAGCCUGACACCUUCCUGUCACCUUCUGUGACCUCUCACAAUACUGUUGUCAUAAUACAGUAUUAUUCUAUGUACAUCAGUGUUUCCCCUACCAUUGGAUAAUGUGUCUAGAUCCCUCAAACUCAACUCUGGACCUUGAAGCCAGUUCCACUACUUUAUUUCAUUGUUCCCCUCUAAUCAGGGACUGAUUUUAGACCUGAGACACCAGGUGUGCAAUUAAUUAUCAGGUAGAACAGAAAACCAGCAGGCACCAGACCUCGUAGGGUCAGAGUUCAGUACCCCUGGUCUAGAUGUUUAGCUCUGUUGCCCCAUGCCUACAUUUUUGUAUUUAUUGAUAUUUCAAUUCAUAACAAUUAAGUGCAAUUAGAUUUUAAUUACCCAAAUAUCCACCCAUGGACACAUGAAAGAAAGCAGCAAUGAACUUGACAAUUGUGAUGUCAGAAAGCCUGGAUGUUGCUUUCACCGUGGUUUAAACUAGGGGAAAGACUGGUGUACAUGUUUUGUUCUUUUGUCUGCUUUCUCGGCACCCCUAGCAGGAGCUACUAAUCUAGCACCAUAGCAACCCUAUCACCAUAGCAACUCAUCUAUUUCUCCUCAAGUUCACAUGUCCACAUUAUUUUGCCAUAUCAUUCACACCUUUGCUACCGACACUCUAGCGUCUGGUACACCAUUAGUGUGUUCGGAAAGUAUUCAGACCUCUUUUCCACAUUUUGUUACGUUACAGCCUUAUUCUAAAAUAAUAUUUUAUUUUCAUCAAUCUACACACAAUACCCUAUAAUGACAGUGAAAACAGGUUGUAAGACAUUUUUGCAAAAAAAAAUAAUAAUUAUGUUUUAUAUAUAUAUUAUUUUUUAAAACAAAGUAUUUAAAUAAGUAUUCAGACCCUUUGCUAUGAGUCUCGAAAUUGAGCUCCGGUGUAUCCUGUUUCCAUUGAUCAUCCUUGAAGUGUUUCUACAACUUCAUUGGAGUCCACCUGUUGUAAAUUCAAUUGAUUGGACAUGAUUUGGAAAGGCACACACCUGUCUAUAUAAGGUCCCACAGUUGACAGUGCAUGUCAGAGCAAAAACCAAGCCAUGAGGUCGAAGGAAUUGUCCGUAGAGCUCCGAGACAGGAUUGUGUCGAGGCACAGAUCUAGGGAAGGGUACCAAAACAUUUCUGCAGCAUUGAAGGUCCCCACGAACACAGUGGCCUCCAUCAUUCUUAAAUGGAAGAAGUUUGGAAUCACCAAGACUCUUCCUAGAGCUGGCCGUCCGGCCAAACUGAGCAAUCGGAGGAGAAGGGCCUUGGUCAGGGAGGUGACUAAGAACCCGAUGGUCACUCUGACAGAGCUCCAGAGUUCGUCUGUGGAGAUGGGAGAACCUUCCAGAAGGACAACCAUCUCUAAAGCACUCCACUAAAUAGGCCUUUAUGGUAGUGGCCAGACGGAAGGCACUCCUCAGUAAAAGGCACAUGACAGCCCGCUUGGAGUUUGCCAAAAGGCACCUAAAGGACUCUGACCAUGAGAAACAAGAUUCUCUGGUCUGAUGAAACCAAGACUGAACUAUUUGGCCUGAAUGCCAAGCAUCAUGCCUGGAGGAAACCUGGCACCAUCCCUACGGUGAAGCAUGGUGAUGGUAGCAUCAUGCUGUGGGGAUGUUUUUCAGUGGCAGGGACUGGGAGACUAGUCAGGAUCAAGGGAAAGAUUAACGGAGCAAAGUACAGAGAUCCUUUAUGAAAACUUGCUCCAGAGCACUCAGGACCUCAGACUGGGGCGAAGGUUCACCUUCCAACAGGACAGCGACCCUAAGCACACAGCCAAGACAACGCAGGAGUGGCUUCGGGACAAGUCUCUGAAUGUCCUUGAGUGGCCCAGCCAGAGCCUGGACUUGAACCCGAUCAAAUAUCUCUGGAAAGAUCUGAAAAUAGCUGUGCAGUGAUGCUCCCCAACCAACCUGACAGAGCUUGAGAGGCUCUGCAGAGAAGAAUGGGAGAAACUCCCCAAAUACAGGCGUGUCAAGCUUGUAGCAUGAUACCCAAGAAGACUCGAUGCUGUAAUCGCUGCCAAUGGUGUUUCAAUAAAGUACAGAGUAAAGGGUCUGAAUACUUAUGUAAAUGUAAUAUUUCUGUUUUUUUAUUCUAAAAACCGGUUUUUCCUUUGUCAUUAUGGGGUAUUGUGUGUAGAUUGAGGGGGGGGGAGAAACAAUGUAAUCAAUUUUCGAAUAACGCUUGUAACGUAACAAAGUGGAAAAAGUCAAGGUCUGAAUACUUUCCGAAUGCACUGUAUAUGCACUCUUCACGUUUCCUCUCACCGUUCUCUGUACCUGUUAGUAUGCAUCCUCUGCCACUACAGAAUGCAAGAAUAUUGUCAAAAUAAAAGUGUGUUCCCUCAAAAUACACUCCUAUUUGCUUUCAAAAUAGCAUUGGCCAGCUGACUCGUUUCAGGUAUGUUGUGUGUCUGAGUAAAGCCAAAUGUAUACACUACACAAUACGCAACGCAAGAAUGGCAAUUGGCUAUGCAAAAUGCGAUCUUGCGUAGUUGCAUAGAAAGUACACAAGUUUUCAGCUCCACAGUUUAGUUAUUCGACACAAGUAUGCAGGAUCUCCAUUUUGAGUAGAUAAUUGCAUUCUUGUGUUGCGUGCGUACGUAUGUAACAUAUAAAUUAGGCUUUAGUAAGCAUGCCUGAACUGCCACUUGUUAAAUGGUAGAAUACAAUGCUACAAUGCACAUUUUCUUAUUCAAAGUACACUCCUAAUUUGCUUUCAAAAUAGAAUAGCCAGGUGACACAGUCCAGGUAUAUUGUGUGUGUUGUGAGUAAAAGCCAUCCUCCUCCCCGCUCCUCCACUCAGGAGCCCCUUGCAGCAGUCCCUGCUGGUACCCUAUAUGCUGUGCCGUAACCUACCGUACGGCUUUAUCCAGGAGCUGGCCCGCAUUACCUACCAGGAGGAGGUGGUCUUCAGACAGGUGGGGUAGACCCAGACAGAUAGACAGACUGACUGACUGACAGAUGUAACGAAAUACAGACAGACACACACCCAUGCUGUUGUUAGUUUGAUAAUUAAAUGGUACAUUCAAAAACAUUUGGUUGAGAAUUACCUCCAUGUGAAAUGGGAACAAAUGUUAUAUUGUAUUAAGUUGUCCUUUACAUUUAAUUGUCGAUUUUCAGCUGUAUCGACUGACACCAUCCUCAAAAUUACUCACCUGUUGUCUGUGUAUUUCAGAUCUUUGUUCCGAUCCUUCAAGGGCUGGGUCUGGCCGUGAAAGAAUGUUCCUUCGAUAGUGACAACUUCAAAUUUCCCCUGAUGGUAAGGUGACAGCGGAGAAAUAAUGUGUGCUUGCGCCACUGGCUUAGGCUGCGUCCCAAAUGUUACCCAAUUCCCUACAUAGUGCACUACUUUUGACCAGGACCCAUAGGGCAAUAUCUAGGGAAUAGGGUGCCAUUUGGGACGUAGUAUUAAUGUUGUCUUUUAGAUGCUGGCUGGCAGCCUGGUGUCUGAGCCUGUCUAACUUAUAGAGGGGCAGUUCUAGAUGUGUCUAAUGGAUUUACUUGAGGCUGAAUCUCUACUAGCGUAAUGAGCCAAUAAACCUUCAGUUAACCUUUAGGCUCCCACCAUAGAUAUAGAAUUACUAGAAUGGGUAUUUCCCAUUAAAAUCAAUGGUUCUGUGAUUGGUGGACUGGUGGCCAUAUUGAGUGUACUCAUGUGUCUUCCAGACAAAUUGCAGUGGUCUGAGGGGCUUUACCUGUUCUAGGAAUUCUAUUUCUAUGAAUCCAACUAAAGGCUGGGUAACAUGAUUGGACAUUUUUAUGCGCACAACUUGUCUUGUCAAACCUGUCAUAAGAUGACUUUGGGUGUUUUCUUAUACCAGGGGUCAGAAACCUAUUGUCAUUGCAGUCAAUGGUCAAUGUUAUUAGGCUAUGUCUGAUGGCUGUUCAUUUAACGUUCACUUACGACGUGUUUCGUUUUCUACAGGCAUUAGCUGAGCUAUGCGAAAUCAAGUUUGGGAAGACUCACCCCAUGUGCAAUUUGGUGAGUGUGCUGGAAGACAUGGAGCCAUCCUUCCUAUGUCUUUCUUGAUCCAUUACUGAGGUUGCGAACAAUCUCCUCCAGUGCACCUUGUAGUCCAAGGUGUUGACUCUUCUCCUUCUAAACUGAUACCACUAAACUCUCAAGACAUCAAAACACUUUCACAAACCUUUUCCGCCGAUUAGACCAACUACAGACAGUAGAUGAAAAACAACAUUGUUUCCAUUGGCACAAUAGAAAGAAGUAGUUAUUUUCUAGCACUGGAUACGUCCCAAAUGACACCCUAUUUCCUAUAUAGUGCGCUACAUUUGACCAGGGCCCAUAGGGCUUUGGUCAAAAGUAGUGCACUGAAUAAGGUGCAAUUUGGGACGCACACAGUCUUAUCUGAAGCUUUCUGCUCGAGACUCAACCGGCCCACUUCACAGAAGCAGGGAAGAAUUUGGCUUUGUUCUUUUAUUCAUGACAGGUUCGUCUAGCUCACAUUCUCGAGGAACGGGAAGACAAAAAGGAUACGUCCCAAUUGGCCCCUAUACACUUUAUAGCACACUACCUUUCACCAGGUCCCAGUGGUACUGGUGACUUCCUUAAGCAAGUAUGGCUUAGUAAUUUAAUGCUCACCUCAUGUAUGUGCCUGUCUAAUAUAAAGUGUGUGUGUGUCCAGAUGACGUCUCUGCCCUUGUGGUGUCCUAAGUCUCUGAGCCCGGGGACUGGCCGAGAGGUCCAGAGACUCUCCUUCCUGGGAGCCUUCUUCAGCCUGUCGGUCUUUGCAGAGGAUGACGUGAGUAAUAGGAAUAGGGUGAAGUUACCCCUAGACACUGAUGCUGGGUCAGUUUUGCAUUUUCCAUACUAAUGCAAUCUGAAAUUCAAACCAUAAUGAAGCGAACACCUUGCCACCUUUUUGGUAAACAGCUUAUGGAUCAAAUAAAAUUGUAUUGGUCACAUGCGCCGAAUACAACAGGUGUAGACUUUACAGUGAAAUGCUUACUUACGAGCCCAUUCCUAUCAAUGCAGAGUUAAAAAGUAAGACAAAUAUUUGCUAAAUAUAAAAGGAAAUAGGAAUACAAUUUUAAAAAACGAGGCUAUAUACAAGGAGUACCAGUACCGAGUCAAUGUGCAGGGGUACGAGGUAGUUGAGGUAAAUGAGGUAAUCCAUUAUGUACAGUCGUGGUCAAAGGUUUUGAGAAUGACACAAGUAUUGGUCUCCACAAAGUUUGCUGAUUCAGUGUUCUUAGAUCUCUAUGUCAGUAGUUACUAUGGUACACUGAAGUAUAAUUACAAGUAUUCCAUAAGUGUCAAAGGCUUUCAUUGACAAUGACAUUCAGUUUAUGCAAUGAGUCAAUAUUUGCAGUGUUGACCCUUCUUUUUCAAGACCUCUGCAAUCCGCCCUGGCAUGCUGUCAAUUAACUUCUGGGCCACAUCCUGACUGAUGUCAGAAGUUGUGGGUUUUUGUUUGUCCGCCCGCCUCUUGAGGAUCGACAACAAGUUCUCAAUGGGAUUAAGGUCUGGGGAGUUUCCUGGCCAUGGACCCAAAAUGUCAAUGUUUUGUUCCCCGAGCCACUUAGUUAUCACUUUUGCCUUAUGGCAAGGUGCUCCAUCAUGUUGGAAAAGGCAUUGGUCGUCACCAAACUGUUCUUGGAUGGUUGGGAGAAGUUGCUCUCGGAGGAUGUGUUGGUACCAUUCUUUAUUCAUGGCUGUGUUCUUAGGCAAAAUUGUGAGUGAGCCCACUCCCUUGGCUGAGAAGCAACCCCACACAUGAAUGGUCUCAGGAUGCUUUACUGUUGGCAUGACACAGGACUGAUGGUAGCGCUCACCUUGUCUUCUCCGGACAAGGUGUUUUCCGGAUGGCCCAAACAAUUGGAAAGGGGAUUCAUCAGAGAAAAUGACUCUACCCCAGUCCUCAGCAGUCCAAUCCCUGUACCUUUUGCAGAAUAUCAGUCUGUCCCUGACGUUUUUCCUGGAGAGAAGUGGAUUCUUUGCUGCCCUUCUUGAAACCACGCCAUCCUCUAAAAGACUUUGCCUCACUGUGCGUGCAGAUGCACUCACACCUGCCUGCUGCCAUUCCUGAGCAAGCUCUGCACUGGUGGUGCCCUGAUCCCGCAGCUGAAUGAACUUUAGGAGACGGUCCUGGCGCUUGCUGGACUUUCUUGGGCACCCUGACGCCUUCUUCACAACAAUUGAACCUCUCUCCUUGAAGUUCUUGAUGAUCCGAUAAAUGGUUGAUUUAGGUGCAAUCUUACUAGCAGCAAUAUCCUUGCCUGUGAAGCCCUUUUUGUGCAAAGCAAUGAUAACUGCACGUGUUUCCUUGCAAGUAAUCAUGGUUGACAGAGGAAGAACAAUGAUUUCAAGCACCACCCUCCUUUUAAAGCUUCCAGUCUGUUAUUCUGACUCAAUCAGCAUGACAGAGUGAUCUCCAGCCUUGUCCUCGUCAACACUCUCACCUGUGUUAACGAGACAAUCACUGACAUGAUGGCAGCUGGUCCUUUUGUGGCAGGGCUGAAAUGCAGUGGAAAUGUUUUUUGGGGAUUCAGUUCAUUUUCAUGGCAAAGAGGGACUUUGCAAUUAAUUGCAAUUCUUCUGAUCACUCUUCAUGACAUUCUGGAGUAUAUGCAAAUUGCCAUCAUCAAAACUGAGGCAGCAAACUUUGUGGAGACCAAUACUUGUGUCAUUCUCAACUUUUGACCACGACUGUACAUGUGAGUAGGGGUUAAAGUGACUAGGGAAUCAGGAUAUAUAAAAGAGUAGCAGCAGCGUAUGUAAAAGUGUCUGUGUGGCAUCAAUAUGUUUGUGUGUCUGUGUGUGAGUAGUCUAGUGAGUGUGCAAGGGAGUCGUUGCAAAACAAUUAAGAUAAAAAAAUAAUAAAGGGGGUCAAGGUAAAUUGUCCAGGUAGCCGUUAGAUUAACUGUUCAGAAGUCUUAUGGCUUGAGGGCAUAAGCUGGUCUGGUGCCUUUUGGUCUCAGACAGGUACCGCUUGCCAUGCAGUAGCAGAGAGAACAGUCUAUGACUUGGGUGGGUGGAGUCUUUGACAAUUUUUAUGGCCUUCCUCUGACACCGCCUCCCUGGAUGGCUGGGAGGAACUUAAAGCUCUCGCCCUGCUCCACUACUGCCCUGUCGGUGUGAAUGGGGGUAUGUUUGGCCAUCUGUUUCCUGUUGUCCACGAUCAUCUCCUUUGUCUUGCCCACAUUGAGGGAGAGGUUGUUGUCCUGGCACCACACUGCCAGGUCUCUGACCUCGUCCCUAUAGACUCUUGUCAUCGGUGAUCAGGCCUACCUUCGUCGUGUCGUCAGCAAACGUAAUGAUGGUGUUGGAGUCGUGGGUGAACAGGGAGUACAGGAGGGGAAUAAGCACGCACCCCUGAGGGGCCCCCGUUUUGAGGGUCACUGUGGUGGAUGUGUUGUUGCCUACCCUCACCACCUGGGGUUGGCCCGUCAGGAAGACCAGGAUCCAGUUGCAGAGGGAGGUGUUCAGUGACAGGGUCCUUAGCUUAGUGAUGAGCUUGGAGGGCACUAUGGUGUUGAACGCUGAGCUGUAGUCAAUGAAAAGCAUUCUCACGUAGGUGUUCCUUUUGUCCAGGUGGGAAAGGACAGUGUGGAGUGCGAUAGAGAUGCGUCAUCUGUGGAUCUGUUGGGACGGUAUGCGAAUUGGAGUGUGUCCAGGGUUUCUGGGAUGAUGAUAUUGAUGUGAGCCAUGACCAGCAAUUCUAAAGCAUUUCAAGGCUACAGAUGUGAGUGCUAUGGGGUGGUAGUUACCUUGGCGUUCUUAGGCACAGGGACUAUGGUGGUUUGCUUGAAACUUAGAUAUAACAGACUGGGUCAGAGAGAGGUUGAAAAUGUCAGUGAAGACACUUGCCAGCUGGUCAGCGCAUGCUCUGAUUACGCGUCCUGAUAAUCCAUCUGGCCCUGCGGCCUUGUGAAUGUUAACCUGUUUAAUGGUCUUACAUCGGCUACGGAGAGCUUGAUCAUACAGUCAUCUGGAACAGCUGGUGAUCUCACGCAUGGUUCAGUGUUGCUUGCCUCAAAGUGAGCAUAAAGGUAUUUAGCUCAUCUGAUAGGCUCGCGCCACUGGGCAGCUCUCGGCUGGGUUUCCCUUUAUUAUCUGUAAUAGUUUGCAAGGUCUGCCAUAUCCGACGAUUGUCCGAGCCGGUGUAGUAGGAUUCGUUCUUAGUCCUGUAUUUACUUUUUUGCCUGUUUGAUGGUUCGCCAGAGGGCAUAGCAGGAUUUCUUAUAAGCGUCCAGAUUGGUGUCCUGCUCCUUGAAAGCGGAAGCUCUACAUUUACAUUUUAGUCAUUUAGUAGACGCUCUUAACCAAUUAGGGCACAUCGACAGUUUUUUCCCCUUGUCGGCUCGUGGAUUUAAACCAGCGACCGGUUACUGGCCCAACGCUCUUAACUGCUAGGCUACCUGCCGCCCUCUAGCCUUUAGCUCAGUGUGGAUGUUGCCUGUAAUCCAUGGCUUCUGGUUGGGAUAUGUACGUAUGGUCACUGUGGGGAAACGUUGUCGAUGCACUUAUUAACCUCUUAAGGAUCGGACCCUUUUUUUCAAUUUUCGCCUAAAAUGACAUACCCAAAUCUAACUGUCCUGUAGUUGAGGACCUGAAGCAAGGAUAUGCAUAUUCUUGAUACCAUUUGAAAGGAAAACACUUUGAAGUUUGUGGAAAUUUGAAAUUAAUGUAGGAGAAUAUAACACAUUAGAUCUGGUGAAGAUAAUGCAAACAAAAAAAACAUGCGUUUUCUAUUAAUUUUUUUGUUACAUCUUUGAAAUGCAAGAGAAAGACCACAAUAUAAUAUUGCAGUUUAGGCGCAAUUUAGAUUUUGGCCACUAGAUGGCAGCAGUGUGUGUGCAAAGUUUCAUAUUGAUCCAGUGAAGCAUUGCAAUACUGUACUAUUUUGUAUGAAGUCUGCCCAAAUGUGCCGAAUUGGUGAAUUGAUACAUUUUCAAGUAAAUAACUAUAGAGAACAUACAUUUUGUAUUACCAUAUCAUUUUUGUAAGUUUACACACUACCAUGAAUGUCAUACAUGAUGGAUCAUUAGCUUAUACACUAACUUUCACACACCUAUGUGGCCGGGCAGGGUGGGUGUGGAGCCAGAGACGGCAAGGGUUGAAACUGUAGAACCCAGUUCCUACAUAAAAAAAUAAAAAAAAUAAAAAAAGAUUUUAUCAAACAAAACAAUGCUACAUUUUAUCUCUGGGACCCUUAGGAUGACAAAUCAGAGCAAGAUUACUGAAUGUAAGUACAUUAUUUACCUUCAGAGGUGAAUGUAUCAAACCAGUUUGCUGUGAUAAGUUUUUUGUUGUUGUGCACUCUCCUCAAACAAUAGCAUGGUAUUUUUUCACUGUAAUAGCUACUGAAAAUUGGACAGUGCAGUUAGAUUAACAAGAAUGUAAGCUUUCUGUCCAUAUAUAACAUGUCUAUGUCCUGGAAAGUUUGCUGUUACAACAGUCAUGCUAAUCACAUUAGCGCACGUUAGCUCAACUGUCCCUUAUACGGGACACCGAUCCCGUAGAGAUUUAAUGAAGCCGGUGACUGAUGUGGUAAAGUCCUCAAUGCUAUUGGAUGAAUCCCAGAACAUAUUCCAUCCAGUCUGUGCUAGCGAAACAGUCCUGUAGCUUAGCAUCCGCUUCAUCGGACCACUCGUCACUGGUACUUUACUCAUCACUGGUACUUUACUGUUUUGAGUUUUUGCUUGUAAGCAGGAAUCAGGAGGAUAGACUUAUGGUCCCAGUUGCCAAAUGGAGGGCGGGGGAGCGCUUUGUAUGUGUCUCUGUGUGUGGAGUAAAGGUGAUCUAGAGUUUUUUUUUUUCUUUCUGUGGUUGCACAGGUGACACGUUGGUAGAAAUAAGGUAAAACGGAUUUCAGUUUUCCUGCAUUAAAAUCACCGGCCACUAGGAGUGCCACCUCUGGAUGAGCAUUUUCUUAUUUGCUUAUGGACCUAUACAGCUCGUCGGUCUUUGUGCCAGCAUCGGUUUGUGGUAGUAAAUAGACAGCUGCAAAAAAUACAGAUGAACUCUUGGUAAAUAGUAUGGUCUACAGCUCAUCAUGAGGUAUUCUAACUCAAGCGAGCAGCACCUCGAGACUUCCUUAAUAUUAGAGAUCGCGCACCAGCUGUUGUUAAUAGACACACCAGCCCCCGAUCUAACCGGACUCUGCUGUUAUGUCCUGCCGAUGCAUAGGAAAAACCAACUAGAUUUAUAUUGUCCUUGUUCAGCCAUGACUUCAAGAAGCAUAGUAUAUUAUUAAUGUCCCGUUAAUAGGAUAGUCUCAAAUGGAGCUCGUCCAGUUUAUUCUCCAGCAAUUGCACAUUCGCCAAUAGAACAGAGGGUUAGGGUUGGGGAUUUGGGCCUAGUCCGGGAUAAGCAAUGUCUUUAUCCUCUGACUCAAUGAAGUAGAAGUCCUCGUCCAAGUCGAGGUUAGUGAUAGCUUUUCUGAUGUCCAGAACCUCUUUUCGAUCAUAGAAAACGAUGUUAGAAAAAUUAUGUACAAAAAAAGAUCAGUGCAAAAAAAUGCACAACACAGCACAAUAGGUCAGGAGCCUGUAAAACGGCCUCAUUCCCUCUGGCUUCAUUCUUCACUUGAUGGUGCUGGAGAAAUGUAACUACUCUCAAAUUCAUAGACAGAGCUAUGGAUGCAAUGACUGACCAUCCAUGAGAUCAAAAUGACAGUUUUUGAAGCUGUACAGUGUUUGUUUACAGUUACAUUGUUUACAAAGAACAGAUUAAAAUAAGCUUGUUUUUUGUGGCUCUGAUAGGGUACUACAGUUGAACUAAGCUCAUGAGGCAUUUCUUAGUUAUAUUUUUCAAGAAUCAAUGGCUAUACAGUGCAUUCGGAAAGUAUUCAGACCUCUUUACUUUUUUCACAUUGUUACAUUACAGCCUUAUUCUAAAAUGGAUUCAAUCGUUUUUCCCCCUCAUCAAUCUACACACAAUACCCCAUAAUGACGAAGCAAAAAAAGGUUUUUAGAAAUGUUUGCAAAUGUGUAAAAAAACAACUGAUAUUACAUUUACAUAAGUAUUCAGACCUUUUACUCAGUACUUUGUUGAAGCACCUUUGGCAGCGAUUACAGCCUUGAGUCUUCAUGGGUAUGACGCUACAAGCUUGGCACACCUGUGUUUGGGGAGUUUCUUCCAUUCGUCUCUGCAGAUCCUCUCAAGCUCUGUCAGGUUGGAUGGGGAGCGUCUCUGCACAGCUAUUUUCAGGUCUCUCCAGAGAUGUUUGAUCGGGUUCAAGUCCGGGCUCUGGCUGUGCCACUCAAGGACAUUCAGAGACUUGUCCCGAAGCCACUCUUGCGUUGUCUUGGCUGUGUGCUUAGGGUCGUUGUCCUGUUGGAAGGUGAACCUUCGCCCUAGUCUGAGGUCCUGAGCGCUCUGGAGCAGGUUUCAUCAAGGAUCUCUCUGUACUUUGCUCCGUUCAUCUUUUCCUCGAUCCUGACUAGUCUCCUGUCCCUGCCACUGAAAAACAUCCCCACAGCAUGAUACUGCCACCACAAUGCUUCACCGUAGGGAUGGUGCCAGGUUUCCUCCAGAUGUGACGCUUGGCAUUCAGGCCAAAGAGUUCAAUCUCGGUUUCAUCAGACCAGAGAAUCUUGUUUCUCAUGGUCUAAGAGUCCUUCAGGUGCCUUUUGGCAAACUCCAAGCGGCCUGUCAUGUGCCUUUUUUACUGAGUAGUGGCUUCUGUCUGGCCACUCUACCAUAAAGGCCUGAUUGGUGGAGUGCUGCAGAGAUGAUUGUCCUUCUGGAAGGUUCUCCCAUCUCCACAGAGGAACUCUGGAGCUCUGUCAGUGACCAUCGGGUUCUUAGUCACCUCCCUGACCAAGGCCCUUCUCCCCCCAUUGCUCAGUUUGGCUGGACGGCCAGCUCCAGGAAGAGUCUUGGUGGUUCCAAACUUCUUCCAUUUAAAAAUGAUGGAGGCCACUGUGUUCUUGGGACCUUCAAUGCUGCAGAAAUGUUUUGGUACCCUUCCCCAGAUCUGUGCCUUGACACAAUCCUGUCUCAGAGCUCUACAGACAAUUCCUUCGACCUCAUGGCUUGGUUUUUGCUCUGACAUGCACUGUCAACUGUGGGACCUUUAUAUAGACAGGUGUGUGCCUUUCCAAAUCAUGUCCAAUCAAUUGACUUUAACACACGUGGACUCCAAUCAAGUUGUAGAAACAUCUCAAGGAUGAUCAAUGGAAACGCACCUGAGCUCAAUUUCGAGUCUCAUAGCAAAGGGUCUGAAUACUUAUGUAAAUAAGGUAUUUCUGUUUUUUAUUUUUAAGAAAUUUGCCAAAAUUGAUAACCUGUUUUUGCUUUGUCAUUAUGGGGUAUUGUGUGUAGGUUGAUGAGGAAAACAAUUAAUUUAAUUCAUUUUAGAAAAAGGCUGUAAAUUAACAAAAUGUGGAAAAAGUCAAGGCGUCUGAAUACUUUCAGAAUGCACUGUAUAUCAAUAAAUGUUAACUCCCAAAAUGUAUGGACUUUAAGGUUUGGAUUGUGGGAGGGGAAGCUGAUCCUAGAUCUCUACUAGAAGCAAACCACCUUGGCGCUGAGUAAUAUAACUUGUGUGAAUCAAUGCAAUGUGGCCCAACAGGCUGAAAAGCAAGAGGAAUAUAGCCUAGCAGCAUAGCUUGUCCCUGGGAAUACCUCAAUUUUGCUGAAUGUUAACGUUUUUCUGGUGUUACCUAGUGUAUUGCUCAAGUUUACCUUACAAAAUGCUAAAUCGAACGCUCACAGAGCUACAAAAUUACUUCAGUGCUUACCCUUGACAAAUUACUUCAGUGCUUACCCAUGACAAGUCUAUAUCAAAUUGCAUCCAGAAUUAUGUUGGCGUUAUUACUUUGACCAGCAAAGAAAUUACUUUAUUUAUUUAUUUAUAUAUUUAUUUGGGGUCUUUUCCCCCUCAGACCAAAGUUGGUGACAAGUACUUCUCGGGCCCUGCGAUCACCACAGAGAACACUCGUGUGGUCAGCCAAUCCCUGCAGCACUACCUGGAGUCAGCCCGGGUAAGUCCCGCCCCCCCUGUGUCUAUCAUGGCUUGUCAUUUGCCCAAGUAUACUUACCUCAAUUUGGCAUGACAUAAUCAUUUUUUAUAUUCUUUUUUGUCAGAGUGAAAUGUUUAAAAUCCUCCACAACAUCCUACUGAACGGAGAGACAAGAGAGGUAGCUCUCAACUAUAUGGCAGCUCUGGUCAACCGCAAUGUGAAGAAAGCCCAAAUGCAGGUAAAGUGGUCCUAACCUGUAUUAAUUCAUCUAGAAAAUGUCUGAAUUGAGGGUUUCUAAUGUGACCAUUUCAAGCUAGAAUGUCUAACCCCAAAAUCUGGAGAGACCCAAUGCUAUUCUAGCACACCAUCUCCCCUCUCUCCCUACCUUUCCUGUUAGUAUUUCACUGUCCUAUCGGGGAAAAAAUAGAUGAAGAAAUAUGAAAGGAGUGUGACUGCCCCACUCCUUAAAUAACCAAAAAAAGUAAGUGAGCGUUUCUUUAUUUCAAAUCUUCCCUUCCUCCCCUCAUCCUCUCGCAGACGGACGACAAGCUGGUGUCCACGGAUGGCUUCAUGAUCAACUUCCUGUCGGUGCUGCAGCAGCUGAGCAUGAAGAUCAAGCUGGAGACGGUGGACCCCUAUUACAUCUUCCACCCGCGCUGCCGCCUGCAUGUCAGCCCCGAGGAGACCCGACUCAAGGCCACCAUGGAAGAGCUCAAGACCUGGCUGGCUGAGAUGUGUGAGUGGACGCCAUAGAUAAUUUAACAGAGCCUCUAUGCAUCAGAAUGGAACAAUUUGUCUGCUCUAUAUCUAUUUGGACACCACUAUCGCCGUCAUAAUGUUAACGAUAAUGAAUAAUGUAUUAUAUUGAGAUCACACCUGGGUUCAAGUGGUAUUUGUUUUCUUUCAAAUGCUUGAGCAUUUAAAUGAGCCGACCUGGGGUGUCAGGAGGGCGGGGUUAGCACUUUUGGAACUAUUCCAUUGGUUCUGUUGUGCCAGACAAGCUCAAUCAAAUGCAGCUAAAGUAUUUGAAAAAAACAAAAUAAAUGCUAUUAGAAACUAGGUCUGGUUGAGAUUAUGCAUAGAAACACUGAAGACCCCAUUUGUUGGCACAUAAGCAGCACACUGCUAAUGUGCAUUAGAGGCAAGGCUAUACAGAGUGUUUGCUUCUAGGGGUUGUCUUGAGCCUAAAUAGGUCCCCUAAAUGGACAGGGGAAAGGUGCACGCCGCCACACACCCAUGAACAAAAGCAUAUAGGCCUAUUGUUUGCUGAAAAGAAAGUAUUUGUGUGGUUUAGUUGCAAUUAUCAACUAAACUUGCAUAGUGCAUCUUUAAAGUUGCUUUGUGUGCGGCCUGACCAUAUUCACAUAGAAAUGUGAGUUGUCGAUCUAUUAUUCACAUUGAGAGCAAGUCUGAUAAGCGGUAGAUCUGUUCUAUGUGCACUAUUUCUAUGCUUCCUGUCCUUAAGUUACAUUUUUGUGUGUUUUUACUUUGUAUUUUCAGCUUUUUGAAAAAGGUACAAAAACGAAUGUUUUUGGUUAUUGAACAGACAUUUCACAGAGAUUUAGAUGCUACAAUGAUUCUCACACGAACUGAAAUGUAAAAUUUUAGCAACCAGGCAAUGGCGGAGUGAUUUCUACGUAUUCAGUGUUGCACCGCCGCUGCUAAAUCGUUGCCGCCACUCCAAAAAAUAUGAUUCUGCUGAGACGCUUUUAAAGGGAUAGUGCGAGGUUUUGCCAAUCAAGCCCUUUCUCUACUUACCUAGAGUCAGAUGAACUCAUGGAUACCAUCUUUGUCUCUGCAUGCAGUUUGAAGUAAGUUGCUAACUAGCAUUACCACAAAUGCUAACUAGCGUUAGUGCAAUAAAUGGAAGUCUAUGCGAACAGCUAGCAUGCUCGCAAAGCUACGUUCAACUUCCUUCAAACUGCAUGUAGAGCAGUGUUUCCUCUGGAAAAUUUGUAGCAGUGGGGGAAAAGGUCGCGGAGAGGAUGGUGUUUUUGAGGUAGGGUGUCAUUUUACCCCAACUAUAACCCUACAAUUGACCCGUGUUACAUUUAGCCCCACUCUUCCCUAUGCGCUCACAGUGAAUUGUGGAGCAGUAAAGUGCUUAACUAUGCCGCUGCUAAAAACUACUGAUUUUAAAAGGGUUUGUGCAUAUUUAUGUUGAUAAAUAAAGUAGGAAUGGAAAGCUAUCAAAUGUUGCACUAUCCCUUUAAGAUAAUCUUGACACGUUACAAUGUACAGUACUAGUCAAAAGUUUGGACACAUCUACUCAUUCCAGGGUUUUUCUUUAUUUUUACUAUUUUCUACAUUGUAGAAUAUUAGUGAAGACAUCAAAACGAUGAAAUAACACAUGGAAUCAUGUAGUAACCAAAAGUGUUAAACAAAUCAAAAUAUAUUUGAGAUUCUUCAAAGGAGCCACCCUUUGCAUUGAUGACAGCUUUGCACACUGUUGGCAUUCUCUCAACCAGCUUCAUGAGGUAGUCACCUGGAAUGCAUUUCAAUUAACAGGUGUGCCUUGUUAAAAGUUAAUUUGUGGAAUUUAUUUCCUUAAUGCGUUUGAGCCAAUCAAUUGUGUUGUGACAAGGUAGGGUUGGUAUACAGAAGAUAGCCCUAUUUGGUAAAAGACCAAGUCCAUAUUAUGGCAAGAACAGCUCAAAUAAGCAAAGAGAAACGACAGUUCAUCAUUACUUUAAGACAUGAAGGUCAGUCAAUAUAGAACAUUUCAAGAACUUUGAAAGUUUCUUCAGUCGCAAGAACCAUCAAGCGCUAUGAUGAAACUGGCUCUCAUGAGGACCGCCACAGGAAAAGAAGACCCAGAGUUACCUCUGCUGCAGAGGAUAAGUUCAUUAGUUACCAGCCUCAGAAAUUGCAGCCCAAAUAAAUGCUUCACAGAGUUCAAGUAACAGACACAUCUCAACAUCAACUGUUCAGAGGAGACUGCGUGAAUCAGGCCUUCAUUGUCGAAUUGCUGCAAAGAAACCACUACUAAAGGACACCAAUAAGAAGAGACUUGCUUGGGCCAAGAAACACAAGCAAUGUACAUUAGACUGGUGGAAAUCUAUCCUUUGGUCUGAUGGGUCCAAAUUUGAGAUUUUUGGUUCCAGCUGCCAUGUCUUUGUGAGACGCAGAGUAGGUGAACGGAUGAUCUCCGCAUGUGUGGUUUCCACCGUGAAGCAUGGAGGAGGAGAUGUGAUGGUGUGGGGGGACUUUGCUGGUGACACUGUUGGUGAUUCAUUUAGAAUUCAGGGCACACUUAACCAGCAUGGCUGCCGCAGCAGCGAUGCGCCAUCCCAUCUGGUUUGGGCUUAGUGGUACAAUCAUUUGUUUUUCAACAGGACAAUGACCCAAAACACACCUCGAGGCUGUGUAAGGGCUAUUUGACCAAGAAGGAGAGAUGGAGUGCUGCAUCAGAUGACCUGACCACCACAAUCACCCAACCUCAACCCAAUUGAGAUGGUUUGGGAUGAGUUGGACUGCAGAGUGAAGGAAAAGCUGGCAACAAGUGCUCAGCAUAUGUGGGAACUCCUUCAAGACUGUUGGAAAAGCAUUCCAGGUGAAGCUGGUUGAGAGAAUGCCAAGAGUGUACGAAGCUGCCAUCAAGGCAAUGGGUGGCUACUUUGAAGAAUCUCAAAUAUAAAAUAUAUUUUGAUUUGUUUAACACUUUUGGUUGCUACAUGAUUCCAUAUGCAUUAUUUCAUAGUUUUGAUGUCUUCACUAUUAUUCUACAAUGUAGGAAAUAGUAAAAAUAAAGAAAAACCCUUGAAUGAGUAGAUGUGUCCAAACUUUUGACUGGUACUGUAUAUUUGUAGCAAACCGGGCGAGCAGUGGCACGAAAGAGAGCCACGAGCGCAGUCACCGCUUGCUCCUCAUCAUCUCCCUACUGUGUAGUGGCACCAGGGCUCUAAAUUGCAAAUAAUUAGUUACCAGUAUAUCUAAACAUUUGGGGGAACCGAAAGAAAGGAAAAGGGAUAGCUUCUGCAGGAACUCAAUGACCAUAGCAAUGCAUUUUCAAUGUAAUGCAUCUCAAUAGGUAGAAUGUAGAAACCUAAUAUUCCACAAAUGACUAUCAUAUUUGAGCUUUUAUUAUAAACAAAUGUCUUUACAGGGUUAAGAUGUUAGCUUAUAGGACACAAGUAGCUUGAAAUUCAUAUAGGCCCGAUAUAGGCUAUAUCUCAUUAAGUUUAAAAAAUCGUAUUUUCUCGUGCUUCUACAUUUUAUGUUGUGCUCCUAACUUUUUUAAUUUGGGAGCAACAGUGCUAACAAAGUUUUUGUUUUUUUAGCCCAGAGUGGCGCGCAUCAGUUAUUUCAGAUGGUGUCAACAUAAUUACAUUUUCAUGCAUUUUGGAGUAGAAUGUGUUUUGGAAAAAGUCACCAGAAAUGACCUCAUAGUCGUUCUACAAAACUAUCUCCCAGGGGAGCACAAGACUGAUUGUUACACACCACUCAUCCCAACCCACUAAACUAACCCACUAUAACAAGCCCCACACUCACUAACCAAACUACAAUAGCGACCCUAUUUACUAUAGCAAAUCCAUGGCCUACGUAUCUAAAACAUUCAGUAUUAAUACUGUGAUGUACUGCUACUAGUACUUCUGGGCUACUUACUACUACUACCUUGUCUCUCGCUGAAGGCUGCUAUCAACUCCCUCUACUACACCAGCCUACAUUUUUCAACACUAACAAUCUUUUAAACUUCUUCCCACUAGAUUCACCAUCAUAUUUCUCUCCCCAAAUGAUGGCCUGAAACUUUUCUGAUUCUUUGAGUAAAAGUGUAGUAGUCUGAGUGUAGUUAUUUGUGAUGAAAUAUGUGGUCUAAUAGUCUAUCAAAGUAAUCAGACCAGAUAUUUUUAUAUAUUUAACUUGGACUAUAUUUCACUUAAGUAAACGUUUCAAACUUCAACUACCACAAAAAUACUUUUAAAGAUCUGAAGCAAGUCACACAAAUUUCUUUCAUGGAAUAUUACAAUCUUUAAUUACCAUAAAAUAAAUGUACCAUCUAGUUAUUUAUUGUUGUUAAUGUUGUGACAAACUGGAUGUGCCAUUCACCUACCUGAAAGUUUCCUCAUUGUUGUCCAAAUUUGUUUUGUUGACAGAUGACGACCCCUCAAAGUUCUCUGAGCCGAAGUUCCCCACAGAGUGUUUCUUUCUGACGCUGCACACCCACCACCUGUCCAUCCUACCGGGCUGCCGACGCUACAUCCGCAGGCUGAGAGCCAUCCGCGAGCUCAACAGGUACACUCACACACCACAGAAACACACACACACACGAGGACAAGGGGCCACAGCCACUCAAAUAACCUGGGACUAGAGUUGUCAUUUUCAGCCCAAACCCGAAAGGGCCCAACGUUACAUGAUGGCAAUCUGUAUUUUCAAAAGCAUGUGAGUCUCGUGUUCAUAUUUCACAAACUCUGCAGGCUUUUGGAGUUGCCUAUAGCAAAAUAAUACACCUGAUUUUAAGAUACGUUAUUUAUUACAUUCUAAAUGUUUCUGAUCAGUGACAGAUGAGCAAAAUAAUAGAUGAGCUACCACCUCCACUUAUUUGCCCAGCCAGAGAUAAAUUAACCAAAUAUUUCGAUGGAGAUUCAGUGAAAGAAAAUCCCAUUGAUUGAUUAUCAGGCUUUUGGCUACUACGGGAGUGAAGAGCAAAAUCCCCUUGUUAAGCUACAUAACAUGCUAGCAAAAUGUUCUGAUCAGUGCUAAUAUACACUAAACUAAAAUAUGAACGCAACAUGUAAAGUGUUGGUCCCAUGUUUCGUGAGCUGAAAUACAAAAAGCUUAUUUCGCACAAAUUUGUUUACGUCCCUGUUGGUGAGCAUUUCUUCUUUGCUAAGAUAAUCCAUCCACCUGACAGGGGUGGCAUAUCAAGAAGCUGAUUAAACAGCAUGAUCAUUACACAAGUGCACCUUGUGCUGGGGACAAUAAAAGGCCACUCUAAAAUGUGCUGUUUUGUCACACAAUGCCACAUGUCUCAAGUUUUGAGGGAGCGCGCAAUUGGCAUGCUGACUGCAGCAAAGUCCACCAGAGCUGUUGCCAGAGAAUUUAAUUUUUAAUUUCUCUACCAUAAGCCAACAUCGCUUUAGAGAAUUUGACAGUACGUCCAAACGGCCUCACAACCGCCGACCACGUGUUACCACGACAUGCGGGAUCGUCUGAGACCAUUGAGGAGUAUUCAUAUCUGUAAUAAAGCCCUUUUGUGGGGGAAAACUCAUUCUGAUUGGCUGUGCCUGGCUCCCCAGUGGGUGAAAAAAUCAAUCAAUGUCAGAUUUUUGUUAUCACGACAAGUCCACACGCUUUAAUUGUAUUAUAAUGGUUGGAUAUGACUUUGGUAGUUUCAGUAAGAAACAAUUUGAUAUAUGCCUUCAAUUGCAUUAGCCUAUAACCUAUUCCAAUAUUUUAGUCAUUCAGUUGAUCAUAACUAGGCCUAAGGUGAGUUUCUCUCUCAUCGCACUUCUAAGAUGAGGGCUGUUUCCUCGUCUCCUCAAUCCAUUGCCGCCCACCUCCACUGCAUUGUUCUCAACACCAGUUUAAAUCAAUAUGCUGUUUUCUAGAAUUUUCAGGCUCAUUACAUUUCUGUGAUGUUGGUUCAGGCCUGGGCUCGGGGCUUCAGCUCACCAGGCUUGGGUAAGACUGGACUCUUAACUCUACCUGGGACCAUAGAAUUUAGAGGUCCAUCUCAAGAAAGGAGUUUUCAGAGAGAUUUGGCUUCAGAGUUCCAAAAAGAUAUUGGCUUUGGGUUUUUUAAACUUGUAAUAAAUGUAAUUCGGUCGUCUUCAACCAGUGAAAUACCAUAAUGUAAAUGUGUUCAUAUUUUAAUGAGGAGCUCAUUGUUACAAUUCAGUGGUGAUCAUUUGAUACUUUAUUGGCCUAAGAGCGGAGAUGAUUUCAUUGUGUCAAGGUGUGUAUGUAGUUUAUUAGUGCGUGUAUGAAGGCUGGGUUGUAUUCACUAGGCACCCAACAUUAAGAACAUUGACUGAAACAGGGAGGGACAAGCUGAAGUUGUCUAAGAAAGGCUUGUUUUUGUUAUCCGUUGCAAGAUGUUUUGAAUACUAAUGAAUACGACCCUGUUUUGUUUGGCGUGGCAGGACGGUGGAGGAGCUGAAGAACAGUGAGAGCCAGUGGAAGGACUCUCCGCUGGCCAGCCGACACCGAGAGAUGCUAAAAAGAUGCAAAACCCAGCUCAAGGUUCGCUAAGACAUUUUUCUUGUUUCCCCCCCCCCACUGUUUUCAGGCUAAUGGGACUUAACCCACUCUCCCAUCUGCUUGUGUUCUGCUUGUCAUACGUGAUAACGUUUUGGUAAAUUUUAAGUGUAAAAACCCUAGAAAACGCAACAUUUACUCUAUCCCGUGUCAUAGUUUGUUUCCGAAUCUUCUGUUUUGGGUAGUUUCAUAGAUUUUUUAAAUACUGAAAUUAGUGUUGCAAACAAGAAAAUAAACAAUUUCAACUCUUGUCAUGAGUUAAAGACAAUAUUCACUAGAAACCCCUCAAUCUUUGAUCUUUGGCCCUGACAGAAACUGGUGCGCUCCAAAGCCUGUGCCGAUGCGGGUCUUCUGGACGAGAACCUAUUACGCAGAUGUCUGCAGUUCUACAGUAUGGUCAUUCAGCUCAUCCUACGCAUGGUGGAUCCAGCCUACCCACAGUAAGUCACUCUGCCACAACCAGGAACUGUUUUAAUGAUGCAAUAUGAGUUCAUAGCCUACUUUACAUCAUAAUAUAUCUGCAGUGAUUAAAGGGAUAGUGUGAGAUUUUGGCAAUUAAGCCCUUUUUCAACCUACCCAGUCAGAUGAACUCAUGGAUACCAUGUUUAUGUCUCUGCGUGCAGUUUGAAGGAAGUUGAGGGUAGUUUUGCGAACCUGUCAUUGUCCUGAAGCUAGUUACCAAUUAAGCUAACUCUAGUUAGCAACUGCCUUAAUACUGCACGCAGACAUAAAAAUGGUAUCUAUGAGUUCAUCUGACUCUGGUUAAGUAGAAAAAGGGCUUAGUUGCCAAAAUCUCACACAAUCCAUUUAAACUGAGGGAUUCAACUUUUUACUAAUCUGAUAAUUAUAUUAUUUAAAUGUUUAUAUUAGAUUCAUCUUCCUCAUCUUUGUGUUAUUGUUUGUAUUGUGUGACAUGCGUUAAGUGGAGCAAAAACUCUCUUAUAUAUUCCUUCCUUCCCUUUGUUUCAGCAUGAGUCUACCACUGAAUCCGGAGAUUCCCAAAAGCUUUGCUGCUCUGCCGGAGUUUUACAUUGAAGAUGUGGCCGAGUUCCUGCUUUUCGUUGUGCAGUAAGUCGACAGAUCGAUUGUCAUAUUAAUUGCAUAGUAAAAGGCCAGACAAAUAACCCAGAGUGGGAUUGAUGGUGUCCAUUUACCCUGUUUUACAAUGAAGCAAAUGAUUAGUUCCAUCUUUUAUGCAUUUCUUGGAGAAUUGUUUACUAAAAUGCUAACUUCAAAGGGAUGUGGUAUCAGUAGGGCCAAGAGGAUUUCCUGACCAUGUGACCCGACCUGGAGAAACUCCUAGCUCUCUCCAUUCUCUUUCCUUUAUUAAUAAAUACAUGAGGAGGACCAUCCUCCUCUUCCUCCCUGGACAAGCUUCCUCUGUUUUGACUUUUUCUCAAUUAGUCUCCCCCUUGAUUCUUGCAUAUGCUCUCCUCGCAUUUUCUUAAACCGCAUUGCAGGAGAGGAUCCAAGGUCCCUUCCCUCGGACCUUCUCCACCAAUGCGUUUUGAGAAGAAGGCGAGCAGAGAGGUAGCAAGGAAUCAAAGAAAGAUGAAUUGGGUUUAACAACACCCCUCCAAAAUAGCUGGUUACACAAUAAUAUGUAUAAAAGGGGGUAUACCUGCUGAAAAAUUGUACACUGAACAAAAAUAUAAACGCAAGAGGACAAAUACAUUAGUGUCUAGUUUGAGAAACAGACGCCUUACAGGUCUUGGCAGUUGAGGACCUGUGAGGCGUCAGUUUCUCAAACUAGACACACUAAUGUAUUUGUCCUCUUGCUCAGUUGUGCACCGGGGCCUCCCACUCCUCUUUCUAUUCUGGUUAGAGCCAGUUUGCGCUGUUCUUUGAAGGGAGUAGUACACAGCGUUGUACGAGAUCUUCAGUUUCUUGGCAAUUUCUCACAUGGAAUAGCCUUCAUUUCUCAGAACAAGAAUAGACUGAGUUUUAGAAGAAAGUUCUUUGUUUCUGGCCAUUUUGAGCCUGUAAUCGAACCCACAAUUGCUGAUGCUCCAGAUACUCAACUAGUCUCAAGAAGGCCAGUUUUAUUGCUUCUUUAAAUCAAGAAAACAGUUUUCAGCUGUGCUAACAUAAUUCCAAAAGGGUUUUCUAAUUUUUAUUUAUUUAUUUUAUUUCACCUUUAUUUAACCAGGUAAGCCAGUUGAGAACAAGUUGUCAUUUACAACUGCGACCUGGCCAAGAUAAAGCAAAGCAGUGCGAUAAAAACAACAACAGAGUUACAUAUGGAAUAAACAAAACGUACAGUCAAAAAUACAACAGAAAAUCUAUAUACAGUGUGUGCAAAUGUAGCAAGUUAUGGAGGUAAGGCAAUAAAUAGGCCAUAGUGCAAAAUAAUUACAAUUACUAUUAACACUGGAAUGAAUAGAUGUGCAAGAGAUUAUGUGCAAAUAGAGAUACUGGGGUGCAAAUUAGCAAAAUAAAUAUCAAUAUGGGGAUGAGGUAGUUGGGUGGGCAAAUUUCAGAUGGGGCUGUGUACAGGUGCAGUGAUCGGUAAGGUGCUAUGAGAUUUUUGCAGUUCGUUCCAGUCAUUGGCAGCAGAGAACUGGAAGGAAUGGCAGCCAAAGGAGGUGUUGGCUUUGGGGAUGACCAGUGAGAUAUACCUGCUGGAGCGCAUACUAUGGGUGGGUGUUGCUAUGGUGACCAAUGAGCUAAGAUAAGGCGGGGAUUUGCCUAGCAGUGAUUUAUAGAUGACCUGGAGCCAGUGGGUUUGGUGACGAAUAUGUAGUGAGGACCAGCCAACAAGAGCGUACAGGUCACAGUGGUGGGUAGUAUAUGGGGCUUUGGUGACAAAACGGAUGGCACUGUGAUAGACUACAUCCAAUUUGCUGAGUAGAGUGCUGGAGGCUAUUUUGUAAAUGACAUCGCCGAAGUCAAAGAUCGGUAGGAUAGUCAGUUUUACGAGGGCAUGUUUGGCAGCAUGAGUGAAGGAGGCUUUGUUGCGAAAUAGGAAGCCGAUUCUAGAAUUAACUUUGGAUUGGAGAUGCUUAAUGUGAGUCUGGAAGGAGAGUUUACAGUCUAACCAGACACCUAGGUAUUUGUAGUUAUCCACAUACUCUAGGUCAGACCCGUCGAGAGUAGUGAUUCUAGGCGGGUGGGCGGGUGACAGCAGCGUUCGAUUGAAGAGCAUGCAUUUAGUUUUACUUGUGUUUAAGAGCAUUUGGAGGCUACGGAAGGAGUGUUGUAUGGCAUUGAAGCUCGUUUGGAGGUUUGUUAACACAGUGUCCAAUGAUCAAUUAGCCUUUUAAAAUGAUAAACUUGGAUUAGCAAACACAACGUGCCAUUUUGCUGAUAAUGGGCCUCUGUACGCCUAUGUAGAUAUUCCAUUUAAAAAUCAGCCAUUUCCAGCUACAAUAGCCAUUUCCAACAUUAACAAUGUCUACACUGUGUUUCUGAUCAAUUUGAUGUUAUUUUAAAGGACAAAAAUUGCUUUCCUUUCGAAAACAAGGACAUUUCUAAGUGACCCCAAACUUUUGAACGGUUGUGUGUGUGUGUGUGUAUAUAUAUAUAUAUAUAUAUAUAUAUAUAUAUAUAUAUAUAUAUAUAUAUAUAUAUAUAUACACACACACACACAGUGGGGAGAACGAGUAUUUGAUACACUGCCGAUUUUGCAGGUUUUCCUACUUACAAAGCAUGUAGAGGUCUGUAAUUUUUAUCAUAGGUACACUUCCACUGUGAGAGACGGAAUCUGAAUCAAAAAUCCAGAAAAUCACAUUGUAUGAUAUUUAAGUAAUUAAUUUGCAUUUUAUUGCAUGACAUAAGUAUUUGAUACAUCAGAAAAGCAGAACUUAAUAGUUGGUACAGAAACCUUUGUUUGAAAUUACAGAGAUCAUACGUUUCCUGUAGGUCUUGACCAGGUUUGCACACACUGCAGCAGGGAUUUUGGCCCACUCCUCCAUACAGACCUUCUCCAGAUCCUUCAGGUUUCGGGCUGUCGCUGGGCAAUACGGACUUUAAGUUCCCUCAAAAGAUUUUCUAUUGGGUUCUGGUCUGGAGACUGGCUAGGCCACUCCAGGACCUUGAGAUGCUUCUUACGGAGCCACUCCUUAGUUGCCCUGGCUGUGUGUUUCGGGUCGUUGUCAUGCUGGAAGACCCAGCCACGACCCAUCUUCAAUGCUCUUACUGAGGGAAGGAGGUUGUUGGCCAAGAUCUCGCGAUACAUGGCCCCAUCCAUCCUCCCCUCAAUACGGUGCAGUCGUCCUGUCCCCUUUGCAGAAAAGCAUCCCCAAAGAAUGAUGUUUCCACCUCCAUGCUUCACGGUUGGGAUGGUGUUCUUGGGGUUGUACUCAUCCUUCUUCUUCCUCCAAACACGGCGAGUGGAGUUUAGACCAAAAAGCUCUAUUUUUGUCUCAUCAGACCACAUGACCUUCUCCCAUUCCUCCUCUGGAUCAGCCAGAUGGUCAUUGGCAAACAUCAGACGGGCCUGGACAUGCGCUGGCUUGAGCAGGGGGACCUUGCAUACGCUGCAGGAUUUUAAUCCAUGACGGCGUAGUGUGUUACUAAUGGUUUUCUUUGAGACUGUGGUCCCAGCUCUCUUCAGGUCAUUGACCAGGUCCUGCCGUGUAGUUCUGGGCUGAUCCCUCACCUUCCUCAUGAUCAUUGAUGCCCCACGAGGUGAGAUCUUGCAUGGAGCCCUAGACCGAGGGUGAUUGACCAUCAUCUUGAACUUCUUCCAUUUUCUAAUAAUUGCGCCAACAGUUGUUGCCUUCUCACCAAGCUGCUUGCCUAUUGUCCUGUAGCCCAUCCCAGCCUUGUGCAGGUCUACAAUUUUAUCCCUGAUGUCCUUACACAGCUCUCUGGUCUUGGCCAUUGUGGAGAGGUUGGAGUCUGUUUGAUUGAGUGUGUGGACAGGUGUCUUUUAUACAGAUAACGAGUUCAAACAGGUGCAGUUAAUACAGGUAAUGAGUGGAGAACAGGAGGGCUUCUUAAAGAAAAACUAACAGGUCUGUGAGAGCCGGAAUUCUUACUGGUUGGUAGGUGAUCAAAUACUUAUGUCAUGCAAUAAAAUGCAAAUUAAUUACUUAAAAAUCAUACAAUGUGAUUUUCUGGAUUCCGUCUCUCACAGUUGAAGUGUACCUAUGAUCAAAUUUACAGACCUCUACAUGCUUUGUAAGUAGGAAAACCUGCAAAAUCGGCAGUGUAUCAAAUACUUGUUCUCCCCACUGUAUAUAUACUGCUCAAAAAAAUAAAGGGAACACUUAAACAACACAAUGUAACUCCAAGUCAAUCACACUUCUGUGAAAUCAAACUGUCCACUUAGGAAGCAACACUGAUUGACAAUAAAUUUCACAUGCUGUUGUGCAAAUGGAAUAGACAACAGGUGGAAAUUAUAGGCAAUUAGCAAGACACCCCCAAUAAAGGACUGGUUUUGAAGGUGGUGACCACAGACCACUUCUCAGUUCCUAUGCUUCCUGGCUGAUGUUUUGGUCACUUUUGAAUGCUGGCGGUGCUUUCACUCUAGUGGUAGCAUGAGACGGAGUCUACAACCCACACAAGUGGCUCAGGUAGUGCAGCUCAUCCAGGAUGGCACAUCAAUGCGAGCUGUGGCAAGAAGGUUUGCUGUGUCUGUCAGCGUAGUGUCCAGAGCAUGGAGGCGCUACCAGGAGACAGGCCAGUACAUCAGGAGACGUGGAGGAGGCCGUAGGAGGGCAACAACCCAGCAGCAGGACUGCUACCUCCGCCUUUGUGCAAGGAGGAGCAGGAGGAGUACUGCCAGAGCCCUGCAAAAUGACCUCCAGCAGGCCACAAAUGUGCAUGUGUCUGCUCAAACGGUCAGAAACAGACUCCAUGAGGGUGGUAUGAGGACCCAACGUCCACAGGUGGGGGUUGUGGUUACAGCCCAACACCGUGCAGGACGUUUGGCAUUUGCCAGAGAACACCAAGAUUGGCAAAUUCGCCACUGGCGCCCUGUGCUCUUCAGAUGAAAGCGGGUUCACACUGAGCAUGUAACAGACGUGACAGAGUCUGGAGACGCCGUGGAGAACGUUCUGCUGCCUGCAACAUCCUCCAGCAUGACCGGUUUGGCGGUGGGUCAGUCAUGGUGUGGGGUGGCAUUUCUUUGGGGGGCCGCACAGCCCUCCAUGUGCUCGCCAGAGGUAGCCUGACUGCCAUUAGGUACCGAGAUGAGAUCCUCAGACCCCUUGUGAGACCAUAUGCUGGUGCGGUUGGCCCUGGGUUCCUCCUAAUGCAAGACAAUGCUAGACCUCAUGUGGCUGGAGUGUGUCAGCAGUUCCUGCAAGAGGAAGGCAUUGAUGCUAUGGACUGGCCCGCCCGUUCCCCAGACCUGAAUCCAAUUGAGCACAUCUGGGACAUCAUGUCUCACUCCAUCCAACAACGCCACGUUGCACCACAGACUGUCCAGGAGUUGGCGGAUGCUUUAGUCCAGGUCUGGGAGGAGAUCCCUCAGGAGACCAUCCGCCACCUCAUCAGGAGCAUGCCCAGGCGUUGUAGGGAGGUCAUACAGGCACGUGGAGGCCACACACACUACUGAGCCUCAUUUUGACUUGUUUUAAGGACAGUACAUCAAAGUUGGAUCAGCCUGUAGUGUGGUUUUCCACUUUCAUUUUGAGUGUGACUCCAAAUCCAGACCUCCAUGGGUUGAUACAUUUGAGUGUGAUGUUUGAAAUGUGAUUUUGUUGUCAGCGCAUUCAACUAUGUAAAGAAAAAAGUAUUUAAUAAGAUUAUUUCAUUCAUUCAGAUCUAGGAUGUGUUGUUUUAAGUGUUCCCUUUAUUUUUUUGAGCAGUGUAUAUAUGGGGCUGUUUGAAUGGGUGUCAUAUAGAAAGUACAUAAUUCUUUGAAAAUAUAAAAUACUGCAUCUUCUGUGUGAAAAUGGCUUUUGACUGACAGUUAGCGUCUGCUUUCUAUCCCCCGCAGGUAUUCCCCUCAGGUUCUGUAUGAGCCCUGCGUCCAGGACAUUGUCACCUUUCUGGUGGUGUUCAUCUGCAGUCAGAACUACAUCCGGAACCCCUACCUGAUCGCUAAGCUGGUGGAAGUGCUGUUUGUCACCAACCCGGCAGUGCAGCUGCGCACCCAGCGCUUUUCCGAGAUGAUGGAGAACCACCCCCUGUCCGUCAAACAGUUGGUCCCGGCCCUCAUGAAGUUCUACACAGGUGUGACCACUUGGUGCAGCAUUUUGGGAGGGGUAGAAUUAGACACAUUGCACAAUUUUCACACUUUUGCACGAACAUGUUUACUGUGCUGGCUUGGAUAUUUUCUUCAGAUUGUUCUUUCCAGCAUGGUUCCAUCAACUAUAGUGGAUGUGUAACCAUACCAUCACAGUACUGCUCGGUUUGGCUCGACUCAGUAGUGUACAAAUGCUAUUAGAGUGGAGUCAAGUGCACUGAUUCUCACAGGCAACUGACUCUUGUGUGCCUUCCCUUCCACAGAUGUGGAGCACACUGGUGCCACCAGCGAGUUCUACGACAAGUUCACCAUCCGCUACCACAUCAGCACCAUCUUCAAGAGCCUCUGGCAGAACGUGGGUCACCACGGCACUUUCCUGGAGGAGUUCAAGUAAGUGGGCUAGAAUCAAAGCUUAGUAUUUAUCUUAUGACAAUACCUAUUAUGGUGAUAGCCUGGUCUAAAAAGCUGCCCGCUGUCCGGUCAUGCUGAAUGCUGCAUGUCAAAUUUACUCAGACUGAGUUUGUGUGACUUUGACUGGCUUCUGAAGGCCUCCUAGUCAGUCAAUCCAUCUGUUUAUUCCUCUGUAGCUCUGGCAAGCAGUUUGUGCGCUACAUCAACAUGCUGAUCAACGACACCACCUUCCUGCUGGACGAGAGCCUGGAGUCCCUAAAGCGUAUCCACGAGGUCCAGGAGGAGAUGAAGAACAAGGAGCAGUGGGAUCAGCUUCCCAGAGUCAGUACGGUUUUCCCGGGGGAAAAACAUGAACAUGUUACGAAGCGCCUUUAUAAUGCCUUACGACUCUUUCUCCCUCAGGAGCAGCAGCAGAGCCGCCAGUCCCAGCUGACCCAGGACGAGCGGGUGUCGCGCUCCUACCUGGCCCUGGCCACCGAGACUGUCGACAUGUUCCACAUCCUCACCAAGCAGGUCCAGAAGCCCUUCCUCCGGCCCGUAAGUACCACUCUGACCAGGGGAAAAAACAUGUUUUUUUUCUCAUACUUUCCAGUCUAUAAAGGGAGAGAUGGGCACUAGAACAUAGUUUACAAUGUUGUAUUCGACAAAGAUGCGGUUAUAUACUGUUUGUCAACAGCCCCCACAGCAGCCAAAUAGAACAUUGACAAUAAUAUAUUUUUUUGCUGGUGUGCUCGAAUGGGUAAAAAACUAAGGCCAUGGAGGUGAUCUUUGAAAAGAGUAGUCUAUGACUGGCAGAAAAACUAAUGGGAAUGAUGGCGACCACUUAGUAAAAUGAAAAAUGUAGGAAAAUUAAUUGUUUGCUUACUUUUUCCAUCAAGGCACUUGCCUUCAUCCAUUUUCUUCAUGAGUGCCAUGGUGGGAAAAGUAAGCCCCACGAUAAUCUUUUUCAAAAACGUUUGUUUACUGAGUGGUGGCCAUCAUUCCCUUUAUUUUUCUGCCAACAAUAGAACAUUACUGUGUAGCGGCAUGGGGAAACAUAUUACUGUAUGAAGCCUACUUCAAUAGUAACCAUAAACCACUCCUAUUCAGGGAUGUAGACACUUAAUUCAUAUUUUUCCUGGUGACUUAACUCCCUGCUCUGUGCAUUUCAGGAGUUGGGGCCUCGUUUGGCGGCCAUGCUGAACUUUAACCUCCAGCAGCUUUGCGGGCCCAAGUGCCGGGACCUGAAGGUGGAGAACCCAGAGAAGUAUGGUUUUGAGCCCAAAAAGCUCUUGGACCAGCUUACUGACAUUUACCUGCAACUUGACUGUGCCCGCUUUGCCAAGGCCAUCGCCGACGAUCAGGUAAACUGUAGUAGUAGCACACCUGGCUUUCAAACACUUGGGAAAUCGAUUCAAAUACUUUGCCUGUUGUAGCUUGCAUUGUUUAAUAAACCAAUAAAAAAGUCCCCAAACUGCAAACCUCGCCAAUCUGGCACUCCAGGCAGACUCAAGCAAAAUGUUAUGUAUUUGAACCCAGGUCUGAGUAGUAGUAGGCCACAAUAAAUGUUUGUAUGCAUGCUUCCACUGUAUGUAUUUUCUAUACUGUAUAAUUUCACUGAUGUACAGUAUUACCAGUAAGAUUAUUUAAAAGAUUAUUUAAGUGUUUUGACCAUUCAUGACAAAUACAUUUAUCUAAUCUAAUCUAAACCCCUGCUAAAUAAAGUGCUUUAUACAUUAAAACGACUCCGAAGGAAUGACCUUACUGCAACUUGAUUGUUACGCACACAGAAAUAGAAUUACUAGAAUGGACAUUCCCAUUCAAGUCACAUUUUGUGAUUGGUGGCCCAGCUAUAUUAAGUGUAUCCAUAGCAGGAAGUUAAAGCAGUUCCUAUGGUUACACACCUACAGUAUGUCAUAAUACCAAGGCUUGGGUAAAAUACUUAUUUGAUUAUGAAACUCAAGGCACAUUGUAGUAGUUAGCUACAAUACAAAGCCUGGGGAGAGAAUGUGUACUGCCAGCGACUGUGCUCUCAGUACAGACCAUGCUGACCAUCUCAAUGGCGAAGAGGUAUAACGAUGGAGGAAUUCAGAUAUGUCAUUGUUUUAGCACUAUCCACUGAGUUUUUAAACUACAGUGCAUGUGAUGGUUCAAUGAACCAACAAAGUAGCACAAUAUACUUUUGGGUUUUUUCAAAUUGGCGGUGUCUAGGUGGUAAAAUUGGAAUCAUGUAUACUGUGCUAAUGACAAUACAAAAAAGGAGUAACAGAGAACAAUGUACAAUAAGGCGAACUUAGCAAACGAGGCAGUUGUGAUAAGUACAUGGAGGCCGCCAUCUUUAUGCACCUCUGCUAUUUUGUCAUCAUUUGGGAGAAUGACACACUUGCGUCCCAAAACCUCUCAGGGAUAAUUCCUUCAAAAGGCUGUUUUCUUCCCUUCCCAUUUCCCAGUAUGAAAAUGUAUGCACUCACUAACUGUAAGUCGCUCUGGAUAAGAGUGUCUGCUAAAUGACUAAAAUGUUUUUUUUAAUGUGUUCUUUCUCUCCCCUUUCCAGCGGUCGUACAGCCGAGAGCUCUUUGAGGAAGUGAUUUCCAAGAUGACGAAAGCUGGCAUCAAGUCCACCAUCGCCAUUGAAAAAUUCAAGCUACUAUCGGAGAAGGUGGAGGAGAUAGUCGCCAGGAACUCUCAGUCCGAAAUGGACUACAGUGACGCACCUGACGAGUUUAAAGGCAAGUGUUCAAACUCACAAGUGUUUAAACUUAACUUUCUAGUGUAUGAACUUAAAAAGUGUUUGAAAUCUUUAUUUAUUGUGUUGUUACUAAUUGCCCCUGACAGCAGCGGCAUGUUAAUUUGGAUGCAACAUCACAGUAUGACUUGAAUUGUGCAGACAGGGCACAGUUCUCUAUGCCACAUUAGUAAAGCACAGUGUCUGUUCUGUACAAUACAUUUCUAUCUGCAAUGUUCUGAACUGAUUUUUUUCAUAACGUAUAAGACUUGGAUCAAAAGAGCUGACCCCAAGUCAGUUUGAUUGGGACAUAAAAGUAAUGGGAAGACCCUCUAUCGUGGUAAAAUGUUGGACAUUUUACGUGGGUAAUGGCGGUCACACAAACCGCUUAGACUGGGCUAUCCUAUAACCACUGACUUAAUAUACUCUGGGAGGGGAAUGCAGGCUGCAUACUUCCUUUUGUGUGCCGUAAAAGACUCAAACCAAAAUUGAAUCAAAUUUGGUUUGUCACUUGCGCCGAAUAUGCUUACUUACAAGCCUUUAACCAACAAUGCAGUUUUAAGAAAAAAAGUGUUAAGAAAAUAUUUACUAAAUAAACAAAUUAACAUAAUAAAAUAACAAUAACGAGGCUAUAUACAAGGGGUACCGGUACCGAGUCAAUGUGCGGGGGGUACAGGUUAGUCGAGGUAAUUGAGGUAAUAUGUACAUGUAGGUAGGGGUAAAGUGACUAGGCAUAGAUAAUAAACAGCGAGUAGCAGUAGCGUUUAAAAAGAAAGGGGGGGGGGGGUUCAAUGCAAAUAGUCCGGGUAGCCAUUUGAUCAACUGUUCAGCAGUCUUAUGGUUUGGGGGUAGAAGCUGUUAAGGAGCCUUUUGGACCUGCGGUAGCAGAGAGAACAGUCUAUGACUAGGGUGGCAGGAGUCUUUGACAAUUUUUAAGUCCUUCCUCUGACACCGCCUGGUAUAGAGGUCCUGGAUGGCAGGAAGCUUGGCACCAGUGAUGUACUGGGCCGUACUCACUACCCUCUGUAUAGCGCCUUGCAGUCCGAUGCCGAGCAGUUGCCAUACCAGGCGGUGAUGCAACCAGUCAGGAUACUCUCGAUGGUGCAGCUGUAGAACCUUUUGAGGCUCUGAGGACCCAGGCCAAAUCUUUUCAGUCUCCUGAGGGGGAUUAGGUGUUGUCGUGCCCUCUUCACGACUGCCUUGGUGUGUUUGGACCAUGGUAGUUUGUUGAUGAUGUGGACACCAAGGAUCUUGAAGCUCUCGACCUGCUCCACUACAGCGCCCUCGAUGUGGAUGGGGGCGUGCUCGGUCUUCCUUUUCCUGUAGUCCACGAUCAUCUCCUUUGUCUUGAUCACGUUGAGGGAGAGGUUGUUGUCCUAGCGCCACACUGUCAGGUCUCUGACCUCCCUAUAGGCUGUCUCAUCGUUGUCGGUGAUCAGGCUUACCACCGUUGUGUCAUCAGCAAACUUAAUGAUGGCGUUGGAGUCGUGCUUGGCCACGCAGUCGUGGGUGAACAGGGAGUACAGGAGGGGACUAAGCACGCACCCCUGAGGGGCCCCCGUGUUGAGGAUCAGUGUGGCAGAUGUGUUGUUGCCUACCCUUACCACCUGGGGGCGGCCCGUCAGGAAGUCCAGGAUCCAGUUGCAGAGGGAGGUGUUUAGUCCCAGGGUCCUUAGCUUAGUGAUGAGCUUUGAGGGCACUAUGGUGUUGAAUGUUGACCUGUAGUCAAUGAACAGCAUUGUCACUUAGGUGUUCCUUUUGUCCAGGUGGGAAAGGGCAGUGUGGAGUGCAAUAGAGAUUGCGUCUUCUGUGGAUCUGAGGUGUCAACUAACUAUCUCGGGUUAAAGAAAACCCUGAGGUUUUAUUUUUAAAUGUGUAACAUAUAAAACCCUCAAAGACACCAACCUCAACAUUUCAAUAUAGGACCCAGCAUUUCAUUUUAAGCUAAUUUAAUUAUCUUCAUGAUUUCCUUGCAUGCGUUUCGGAGAAGUCUAUGCUUUGAUUUGAGAAUACAGACACAUGCAUGCAAAUAUACUUGCAGAGGACGUAAAAACACCGUCUGAAUAGAGGAAAGUGUGUCGAUUUUGAUUAAUUUCAUAUUUCAUUAACUUUUUUUAUUUUAUUAAACAAUUAUUUAUUUUCAAUAUAACACAUCGCACUCAAACAUGACACAACAUUGUACUCUCUCAUCCUGGGCGAAAUACAUUUACACAGCUCAAGGCACAUUUCUAUAUUUUACAUUUUUGUUUUUGCAUAUCACAUAAUUUCAUCCACAAAAAAAACAAAUGUUGCAUAAAUGGGAGGGCUGCAACGAAGGCAAAUAUAUAAAUAAUUGAAGAUACAAAUUACAUUUGUUUGCAUGUGUGUGUUUGUGUCCACAGACCCUCUGAUGGACACCCUAAUGACAGACCCUGUGAUAUUGCCCUCUGGGAACAUCAUGGACCGAGCCAUCAUCCUCCGCCACCUUCUCAACUCCCCAACUGACCCCUUCAACAGACAGCCGCUCAACGAAAGCAUGCUGGAGUCACGUAUGUGUACACACACACACACACAUGUCUCAAAGUCAUAUCCACUUAAAUUGUAACUCCCUAUACUCAUAGCCUGCAGUUCAAAAUGUUAGUUUGAUAUGUGAGGAAAAGGAAGUACCCACCCGAAACAAAUGUGACUUACUGAAAAUGGUGACUUCUAAAGGCUUGGCGAAAAAUGUGCAUGAAAAUGAAGUCAUCUGUCGUUGAAUGACAACAAACACUUCAUUGAAGAAUCCCUACUGUUGACCAAUCACCGAAGAAGGGGCGUAGACUUCCGAUUCCGAACUUUGGCUUGCCCCGAGAGAGAGAAAAAAAACUGCUGAAAAGAAACCUUGCCGAAGGCCAAAACGAAUAAAAACAUCACAAUAUAUGCAUGAACCGUUUCGGAUUGGAAGCAUGUAGACGUCUUAACCCUAAAGUUUACUUGGACGUCUACCCACUCUUAUUUUGCACCCAUAUCCUUUCCUGUGCACACUCUUGUGGUUCUCAGGUAAAGGGAGGAAACAUUCUCAACUCUAUCUUGCGUAAAAACAGUGAAAGGGUGCUUCCAGACAACAGUCGGUCACGUAAUCAAUUAAAAAAGUGGACCAGCACUCGACAGUUGGAAUUGAAGUCUUUUAUUCAUUUUUUCUUUUCUUUUAGGCAACAUGUCCUGCUAGCACACUUUAUUAACUAUGUGGGUCCCCAUGGGUUUGUGCUCACGUUCUGCUCUGUCAUUGUCUUUAUUCACAGUCCCUGAACUGAAGGAGAGGAUCCAGGCAUGGAUGAGAGAGAAGCAAGGCCAGGGACGUUUCCUCUAAUGACACCCCAACUUCGACCCCCCCCCCCCCCGCCGUCAGUAAGGGAUGUUACCACCAUUAAUUCACCAUGCGUGAAUGAAAUACCAUCAAGAACGGGGGGAAAACGCAAGAGAGAAAUAAACUAAACCUGAUUUUAUUUUUCUUCCCUUUAUCCUUAUUUUCUCGGGUCGUCAUCUGAAGGCCCUUGGCUCUAAAAUGAAACAUAAUAAAGUUAAGACUUUUAAAAGGUUUUUGCUCAUGACUUUGUGUAUAUAUCUACAUAUAUACAUAACACUGCCAGGAUAAGCAGUUGUCACAGCCUACAAGUCAUAGCAGCAGAAUGCAUUGCUACAUUCAUUGUUUAUUUUCCCUCGGUUUUGUGAGACUUUAUGUAUACUUUAUGUUAGCUGAAUUAUUACAUUUCAGCUUUAUGAAGGGGCGGAUGAUACGUUUAGGAUUUGGGAUCCAUUUUGGUUGUCUUGGUGGUAAAACUUUCAACAAGACAUUGAAAAGAAAGUGGCUGAACUAGUUCACAAUAGUGUUUAUCAUAACCAUACAGUUUACAGUACAACAUGCGCACAUCUUGUGCAGUUUGCUGAGGCGGCUUGGGAAAUGAGAAUACAUAUUUUUAAAUGUAGCUUGAAUUAAACGUGCUAGAUUGUCUUGUAGACAAACGAAAACUAAAUGUGAGCUUAAUUUGAUGAAAGUGGUAAGUGAAGCAUCAGUUUAAAUUAUGUACGGUUGGUUAGUUUGGUUUGUGUCUCCCUGUUGAUGACUUUGAUAAGAGUGAAUAAAGUUUUAUUUGCAUGGCCUAAAGUUCAGAACCUCCCAAGCGCCUCAUGGCAUAACCCUCUUACGAUGGAGCAGAACGAUCACAAAACAAUGUAAAGCAUCAUUGUAGCAUGAACACCAUUGGAGAAACAAUAGGAUAUAGGAGCACACCAAAAAAAAACAUCUCCCACCUCAAGAUGUCUCUCAAAGUGCACUGUUUCUUAAUCCGUACCCAGGUUGCUGACUUAAACACCCAGACCCAAUUUGCUCCCUCCCUCCCUCUCCUCCUUAGCCCUAACCCUUCGAAGUUUGCAGAUAUGAAGGAUCUGGAUAGAUAUAAACUGUGUAGUGUAUAUUGCUUUGCACAGAUCUGCAAAAAUCGAAGGGUCAGGGCCGAGGGGAAGGAGUAGGAUGGGAAUUGGGAAUGUCUAACUGUAACUUAAGGCUCGCACACAUCUCACCAAAUGUUGAUAUCAAUGUUUUUCUAUAUGUAAAAUCAGUUCGCAAAUUAGGUUGAGGUGCUAAGUGCUCUCGGCCAGCAAAUGCUAUUUGUGUGUCUUGGCCCUUAAAGGAAAACUCUACUCCGCAAAAUGCAUCAUCAUGAUUUG